AUGGCGUCGAUUACUACUUAUAAUAACGAGGAUCAACCUCACCCCUCAAUUGUCAUUUGUGGUGUCAGCAUUCGUCUUCCCGGAGGCAUUGGUAAUGUCGAUCAAUUCUGGGAGUCGGUCGUCAACGAACACGGCUCUCAUGGUUCGGUGCAAUUGGAUGGCAACGAGGAUGGCCAUGACUUGAAGGAAGGCCUGCGCCCAUUUGAUGCCUCGCUCUUUUCCAUGACCGACGAGGAAGCCAAGAACUGCAGCCCACAGCAGCACAAGCUCUUGGAGGUGGCUCGCGAGUGUUUUGAAGAUGCGUGCGAGGUCAAUUACCGGGGCGAAAACGCUUGCGUGGGCUGCUAUGCUGGUGCCUCCAACGAGGAGGAUGCAUCGGUGGUUUCAUCCAAGAACGAAUUGAAGGGCCCAAGUAUGACGAUUGGCUCGUCUCUGGUGGCCUUCCAUGAGGCUUGUUGCGCAGUGCGAGCUGGAAAUGCCAAGUCUGCCAUUAUUGUGGCAUCUAGUGUGAUGCCAGUUUCCGAGGAUGGUGCUGAAAAGGGCAAGGCCGUGUCCGCUGUAUAUAUCAAGACGCUGCCUGAUGCCAUUCGAGAUGGCAACCCAAUCCGCGCUGUGAUUCGCGCGUCCACUGCAGCAAGCAUUGCGGUUUCUCAUGACCAAGAUUCUGCGGCCAAGGCAUUUGAGAAGUUGAUUCGCGAUGCUUAUGCUGCCGCCGGCUUGGACCCCCAUUCGACGCUUCUUGUCCAGCGCGAUGGCGUGAAUGAUCAUGUUAGUGAUUCGAGCGAAAUGUCUGCUAUUAGCAGCGUUUUUGGCGACAAUGGAGUUUAUCUCGGCGAGGGUGCUCCUGGCCUUGUGAGCCUUAUCAAGGCCGUGGUCACUUUGGAGAGCCGAAUUAUUCCUCCAACCGCUACUUCUACUUUUAUCACUCAUGAAAAACUCAUUGUGGCUGCAAACCCUACUCCUUUUGCAUCUGGUCAUGCUGAAAGAAUUAGCAUUGCCUCUGUUGACGCUGAGGGAUACGGCGCGCAUGUUAUUAUUGACUCUUAUCCCACAUCUUCUUCGUGUACAUCUGACUCUCAGCCGCAACUUGUUCUUUUCUCUGCACAUAAUUCGUCUUCUUUGGCCAAGCAAAUAGAACUCCACCGCGAGUAUGCUCAGGCGCACCCAAAGAACAUUGUUGAUAUGGCAUAUACGCGAGCCAUGCGGCGCGAGGCCCUGGAAUAUAAAGCAUUUUCCGUUCUCUCUGAUUCUUCUUAUACCAAUACUUCGAAUUUUGUCAAGUCUUCUGCGAAGACUUUGUCCAUUGCUAUGAUCUUUAAUGGCCAGGGUGCUCAGUGGGCGGGCAUGGGCAGAGAGCUCAUUUUGAGCGACGCGGAUUUUAAGAAGGACAUUGAGAAGAUGGAUAAUGUCUUGAGAGGAUUGAAGCUGCCAGCCACCUGGUCGAUUAAGAAAGAGCUUCUCCGUGAUGCUACUGAUCCCGACAACCGGGUUAACUCGCCGCAACUGUCCUACCCUCUCAGUACUGCGGUGCAGAUUGCCCUGGUCAACCGUUUCGAACGACUUGGAGUUGUGCCAAAGGCAGUCGUUGGUCAUUCCAGUGGUGAAAUCGCCGCAGCUUAUGCUUCGGGUUUUCUAUCUUUCAGAGAUGCCAUCGCCAUCGCUUACUACUACGGCCAUGUCACUACUAAGAGCCAGAAGGAUGGCUCCAUGGCCGUGGUCAGUUUGGGCGUGGAGGAUGUGAGUGGCUUCCUGGAGGAAGGCGUGGUGAUUGCUUGCGAAAACUCUCCUACUAGCACUACCAUUUCUGGCGAUUGCGAGGUUGUAGAGCGAGUACUUAAGUCUAUCAAGACUGCCAAACCCGACGUGGCUACUCGUACUCUGCGCACAGGUGUUGCCUAUCAUUCUCACCACAUGGCCCUGCUUGCGGAUGAGCUUCGUGGCCUCUUGGAGAACGAAAAGGUUGCGUCAAAGGCAACGAAGAAGAACAAGGCUGUUUUUCUGUCCAGUGUUAGUGAGAAGGUUUUGAAGAAGCAGAGCGAAUUCGGUGCUGCUUAUUGGAUCUCCAACUUGGUGUCCAGAGUCCGAUUCAGCACUGCUGUUUCCAAUCUUCUUACCAUGUCGCCCGGAGAGACCCUGUUUCUGGAAAUCGGACCGCAUUCUGCUCUCUCUGUCCCGAUAUCUCAGGUAUGUGCGGCUGCAGAUGUCCAGUGCAACUAUGUGUCGUCCCAAACUCGCGGGGUCGAUAGCGCGGUGAGCUUCCUCUCUGCUGUUGGAAGGCUGUGGCAAGAAUCAGUUCCGCUGAAUCUGGCCCCGUUGUAUACCAACGGUAAGGCAAUCGCUGGAUUGCCCCAGUAUCCCUGGAGCCAAAGCAAUGCGGAUGAGAGCGUUGAUGCCACUGGUCUAUCUCCUCGUGAGAAAAGGGCACGCAUUAUUGCGGAAGCUAGCUCUCUGGAGAGCGAGCUUACAGACGAUGAGAUCCCGACGACACAGAUGGAGGUGGUUCUUCGGGCUCUCUGGGUUGAAGUUCUUCGAGAUGUGAUCCAGAUCCGCAGACAGGACAUUGGAAAGAAGCACAGUUUCUUCUCGCUUGGCGGUGACUCUCUGACGAGCAUUGAACUGGUCACCAUUGCCUACCAGCAUGGCAUUCAUCUCAGCCCUGCUGCAAUCUCUGAUAACUCUACGCUAAGCAAAAUGGCAGCUGUGGCCACCAUUGAUGAGAACAGUGCAGCAAUGACUGAAGUGGAGCCUUUCAGCUUGAUGCCCCAAGAUACGCUUGAAGACGUCAAGAAGCAGAUUCGAGAAGAGUGCAAGCUUAAAACGAGCGAAGUGAUUGAAGACAUCUAUCCCUGCGCAACUCUCCAGGAAGGGUUUAUGGCUUUGGGAAUGAAGCAACCUGGUUCUUACAUCCACAGGGUGGUGUAUAAGUUGAUGCCCGAUGUUGACAUAGAUCAGUUCAAGACUUCUUGGGAGGCCACCAUCAGUCAGUGUGGUAGUUUGCGCUCGCGAGUUAUGCUUGUCGGUGGCCGAGCUCUCCAAGCUGUGGUUGCUGGAGAUGCUGCUUGGGAACACCCUGCUCCCGGCCUAGAUGUGCAAACAUAUCUUAAAGGAACGCGAAGUAUUGGAAUGAGCUAUGGUCAACGCUUAAGCAGACAUGCUUUGGUCCGAGAAAGCAAUGGCGAUGUCUACUUCGUGUGGAUUGUUCAUCACGCAGUUUUUGAUGGUCUUACCAUGCGAAUUGUCCUGGACAAUCUGUAUGAUAAUUAUCGCGGGAAUGACCCCAAAGCUUUGCGCUCAUACUCCAACUUCAUUCGCUAUGUGGAAUCCAUCGACGCUACCGCCUCUGCUGAGUAUUGGCGACAGGAGCUUGAUGGUGCCCAGCGCGCUCAUUUUCCGUCUGCUAAGCUAUCUUUCAUUUCUGAAGAUAAGGUAAUGAAGAGAAAGAUGCCUUUCAAGAACACAAAGUCAGCUUCUGCUACUACUGCCACGGUUCUUCGUGCAGCUUGGGCUCUUCUCCUUGCGCGCUAUUGCGACUCUGACGAUGUGUGUUUCGGUACGACCUUGUCCGGUAGACAGGCAGCAGUACCUGGCCUGAAUGAGAUUCCGGGCCCCAUGAUUGCAACUGUUCCAAUCCGUGUCAAGAUUGAACGUGGCAUGACUACAUCGGAAUUCAUGGAGAGAAUCCAGACGCAAGCUUCAGAAAUGGUUGCCUACGAACAAUAUGGCCUUCAAAACAUCUCAAAGUUGGGCCAAGAUGCCGAAGAAGUCUGCGAUUUCUCCAACUUGAUUGUUAUCCAGCCGAAUAGCCAUUUGACGUCCAGUGCUGAUACUGCCUCUGACGCGAUUCUGCAGCAAGGACCAGCUGAGAAAGCGCUCUCAGAAGAGGCUAUGCGCAACUACUUCAACUAUCCUCUCGUUUUGCAGCCUCGCAUCGGCGAGGACAGCAUCGAGUUGGAGUGGACUUAUUACGCUGACGCUGUUACUGAGGCCCAAAUCGAGGCCCUCUGUUUCCACUAUGAACACAUUAUCCAGCAGUUGCUUUCUCCAAGUGACAUGCUUCUUAGUGCUCUGACGGUCUCUGGUCCGUGGGAUUUGCAACAAUCCCUUGAGAACAAUAACGAGACGCCUGAAAUUGUCGAAUUAUGUCUGCAUCAGCUUAUUGAGAGACAGGCUGAAGAGCGACCUCGUGCCAUCGCGAUCCAGGCUUGGGAUUUGGAACUGACCUAUGACCAACUCAACAGCGCUGCUAACCGUCUUGCCCAUCAUCUCAUCAAGACGUGUGGAGUCGCAGACCAGGAUUUUGUGCACGUAUGCUUUGAGAAAUCGGCCUGGUUUUUCGUCUCGAUUCUCGCCAUCAACAAAGCUGGUGCUGCUUGGGUUCCUUUGGACCCUUCGCACCCAGUCCGGCGACAGCAACAGGUUGUCUCGCAGACCAAAGCGACUCUGGCUUUAGCCUCCCCCAGCAAUACUGAGCUGUGCUCGCAACUCGUUGAUAACGUUGUUGAAGUGUCCUCUCUCUUGGAUGAGGAGCUGGCCAAGAUCGAGUUGAGCUCUGGGCCGACGCGCACCGUAUCGCCACACAAUGCUGCGUAUUGUUUAUUUACGUCGGGGUCGACAGGCACCCCAAAAGGUCUAGUAAUGCAGCAUGCAGCUGUGUGUACUUCGCAGACGGCUAUUGCCAAGCGCCUCGGGAUGACAGCAGACGUGAGAAUGCUACAAUUUGCUUCCUUUGUCUUUGAUCUCUCCAUUGGUGAGAUUGUAGGCCCUUGGGUGGUUGGAGGCUGCCUCUGCAUCCCGUCUGAGCAUACAAGGAUGAAUAAUCUGGUUGAGUUUAUAAACACCAUGAAGAUCAACUGGGCGUAUUUGACUCCCUCGUUCACACGGACCUUGGAUCCCAGCGAUGUGCCUGGCUUGGAGUUGCUCCUGUUUGCCGGUGAGGCUGUUGGACGCGACGUGUUUGAGGCCUGGUUCGGAAGGCUGCGGCUAGUCAAUGGCUGGGGCCCUGCUGAGACUUGUGUCUUUUCAACCUUGCAUGAGUGGAAGAGCCUGGAGGAAUCGUCCUUGACGGUGGGUAGCCCGGUUGGCGGCUAUUGCUGGAUCGUUGAUCCGCAGAAUCCCCAGCGACUGGCUCCUGUCGGAACCCUUGGCGAGGUUGUCAUCCAGGGACCUACUAUCCUUCGUGAGUAUCUGGCAGACAAGGACAAGACUGAGGCAUCCAUGGUCCGAAACCUUCCUGAGUGGGCGCCAAAACGCACGGCCAAGCAUUGGAACCAGUUUUACAAGUCCGGUGACUUGUGUCGAUACAAUGCGGACGGCACUAUCGAGUUUGCAUCUCGCAAAGAUAGCCAGGUCAAGAUUCGAGGCCUACGGGUUGAGCUUGGUGAGAUAGAGCAUCAUAUUCGCGAACACUUGGAAGGCGUUAAGCAAGUCACCGUCGAUAUCGCAAAGGGAGAUGGGGGCGCAUUCAUCAUCGCCUAUUUUUGCUUCGCUGAGGAGACACGCACAGCUGGCAAGAACUCCGAGACAAGCGUCAAGGACGUGUUUGCUCCGAUGACUAACGAGCUCCAAAGCCAGCUCACUGCCUUGGUUGGUCAACUUAGCGUGGCGCUUCCUCGGUAUAUGAUUCCAACUCUGUUUAUUCCGUGCUGCUACAUGCCCUUCAUCACUUCGACAAAGUUAGAUAUGAAGCUUCUACGACUCGCAAUGUCCAAUCUUGGUAAGGAAGACUUUGCGAGGUAUUCUCUCGUGGACAGCAAGAAACGCGCACCGGAAACAGACAUGGAGACUCGAAUCCAGACAAUCUGGGCCGAGCUCUUGAAGCUUCCCACGGAUUCUAUUGGCUUAGACGAUAGUUUCCUGAGAAUGGGCGGCGACUCCAUUGCUGCUAUUUAUUUUGUGUCUGCUGCCCGCGAAGCUGGAAUUCUGAUCGAUGUCAAAGAUGUUUUUGAUGACCCUCGUUUGUUCCAGGUGGCUUCCAAGGCCACUCUUGUCAACAAUGUUGGUCAAUCUUCACACAUCAAGCCGUUUAGCCUGCUCGAAGACUCACUGAGCGACUACAUGCAGAGUUCUGCUGCAAGGGCUCAAUAUGGCCUUGAAAAAGAUCAGGCAAUCGAAGAUGCCUAUCCUGCAACUCCUCUCCAAGAGGGUCUCAUGGCUCUCACCGCCAAGCAGUCGGGCUCGUACGUUGCGCAUUGGUUUCAUAGGGUACCCAAACAUAUCGACAUUGCUCGAUUCAAAGCUGCUUGGGAAGAAUCUGUGAAGCUUACGGCGACGCUGCGGACCCGUAUUGUACUCGAAGAUAAUUUCGCAGUGCAGGUUGUUGUUACGAAUGACAGCGCAUGGGAGGAUACUACAGGCCACGACCUCGAAUCCUACAAGCAAUUGAUCUCUAAGCUUGACAUCGGAUAUGGAACUCGCCUUACUCGAUUUGCUCUUGUCGAAGACCAAGAUGAUGUCUACUUUGUAUGGAUCACUCACCAUGCCAUCAACGACGGUUGGAGCAUGCGCAUUGUCUUGGAUAACGUCUAUAAUUACUACCAUGGCCAGAAAGUAUCCUCUUUAACGCCUUAUUCCAACUUUGUCAACUAUCUUGGCCAAAUCGAUGAUGGCGCUGCUGCCGAUUUCUGGCGAGCCAACCUUUCUGGUGCCCAGAAACCAAUCUAUCCAGCUCCUGGAAACCCUCUUGCCACUGAUCGCUCCCAGGGUGUGGUACGUGUUGUGGAUCGCUUGGUGUCUUUUGAAGGUCAAAAGGAUACUUCAAUCACAAUGGCCACUGUACUUCGAGCUGCAUGGGCAAUUGUACUGGGACGUCGUUGCGAGGCCAGUGAUGUGUGCUACGGUGCCAGUGUUUCUGGCCGCCAAGCCCCUAUGAGCGGUCUCUUGUCGACUACUGGAGCUGUCAUUGCUACUAUUCCGAUCCGAGUUCAUCUAGGAGCAGAUAGGCCUGUGAAGCAACUGCUCCAAGAGAUCCAAGCUCAUGCGCUAGACAUGGUCCCUUAUGAGCAAUAUGGCUUAUCCAGCAUCUCAAAGCUUAGCCCCGAAGCUCGGGAGGCUUGCGACUUCACGUCGUUGCUGGUUAUUCAGCCCAAGGAACAGGAAAGCACCAUUUUCAACAAUACAGAUGGAUUACUGCAUUCUGGAAGCGACGAGGAUCAGUUAACGGUUGAGUCUAUGAACAACUACUUCAACUAUCCAUUGGUCAUGCUUAGCUUUAUGGCUGAAGAGAGCGUGAGCCAGAGGUUUUGUUAUAAUCCAGAUAUCAUGUCUCAAAUUGAAGUUGAAGCUCUGUCUUACCAGUUUGAGCACGUUGUUCAGCAGCUUUUACUCCCUGACAACAAACUGGUCGGAGAUAUAUCUCUGAUCGGUGAGCGAGAGAUACAGCAUGCCGCUGAUGCAUCUCUCUACCGCCCUGCCACUGAGUCUUGCACUCACUGGGAGAUUUAUAAGCAAAUCGAGGCAAAUCCAGAUGCUCCCGCGAUUGACUCUUGGGAUGGCAAGCUUACCUAUGGCGAAGUUGGUAUUUUGGCCUCCCGAUUAGCUGCCAAAUUACAGAGUCUUGGUGUUGGCCCUGACGUCCUAGUUCCCAUAUCAUUUCCCAAGUCUACCCCGGCCAUGAUUACGAUCAUUGCUAUCCAGAUGGCUGGUGGUGCCCUCGUGCCUCUUGAUCCUGCGGCUCCGCUGGCUCGUCUGCAAAGUAUUGUUGAGGACACGCAGGCCAAGUUUAUCGUUACGCAUCCUUCUCUCGAGGACAAGUUUCAAGAACUCGGCGUUGACCUCUUGAUCAUUGAUAAUUCAAUCCUGCAUCAGCUUCCUGACCCUAGCAGCAUGUUUAUCACGUCAACUGCCACGCCUGAUAGUCUUUACGCGGUUUUGUUCACGUCUGGUUCUACAGGCAAGCCCAAGGGUAUUCGCAUCCCGCAUAGCAGUCUCUGCUCUGCAAGCGAUGCGCAUGCUGCUAUUACCGGCGUUGGUCCUGGCACGCGAGUGUUCCAGUUUUCUGCGUAUACUUUUGAUAUCGGUAUACUCGAUGUCUUGAUCACUCUCAUGCGUGGUGGUUGCGUCUGUGUGCCAUCUGAGCACGAUCGUCUCAAUAAUCUCGCUGGUGUGAUCAAUGCCCUUCAAGCCAACUGGGCUAUUUUAACACCUUCUGUCGCCGAUAUGAUCAACCCGGCUGAUGUGCCUUGUUUGAAAACGCUCUGUUUGGCUGGCGAGGCCAUUUACAAGAAGACUUCAGAGAGGUGGCAGGGUUAUACUGACUUUCAUGGACUGUAUGGCCCAGCCGAAGCAUCUAUUUGCGCUUGGAACUCAGACGUACACAAUGGACCUUCCACCAACUUGGGAAUUCCCCUCUCUAGUGCUUUCUGGGUUGUCCAGCCCGAUGACCCUAGCCGUCUUGUUCCAAUUGGCUGCAUUGGUGAGCUGGUUAUCCAGAGCCCUAUCCUAGCUUAUGGAUAUCUCAACGCCGACGCCAAGGUUGCCGCCAAUUGGUUGGAAGAUAUGGCAUACGACUGGCUUCCAGCUAACGGCCCUAAGCGAGGCUAUCUAACUGGCGACUUGGUCCGCCGCAAUCCUGACAAAACCUUUGAAUACAUGAGCCGAAAGGAUAGCCAGGUCAAGAUCCGUGGUCAGCGUGUUGAACUGAGCGAAAUCGAGUACAUCGUCUUGAACAACCUGCCAGGCUCAAAACAGAUCGUGGUUGAUGUUAUUAACAACCAAGAAGCUGGUCUUAGUCUUGUUACCUAUAUUUGCUUCAGUGAUGAUACUAGAGGUAGCAAUGGCGGACUAGAUGGAAUGUUCUCGACCAUAGCACCCGAGAUGAAGCAGCAACUGUCUGCCAUGCUCAGUCAACUGGGUAUCUAUCUCCCUCACUACAUGAUCCCAACCAUCUUCGUUCCAUGCGAGUUUAUGCCGCUCAACACUUCCGGCAAGAUGGACCGCAAGGCUCUCCGCAGUAUCGCAGCACUUCUUACCAAGGAUGAGCUUGCGGCUUACACUCUUUCUGACGAAGAAGACAAGCAGCCGCCUGAAACCCCGAUGGAAGCAAGGCUGCAGCAAAUAUGGGCAAAAACACUCAAGGUUGCACCUGAGUCCAUCGGUCGCGGCUCCAGCUUCUUGCGCCUAGGUGGAGAUUCUAUUGCUGCGAUAUACAGCAUCAGGGCGGCAAACGAAGCGGGUAUCAUUUUGACUGUUAAAGAUAUCUUUGAUGAUCCCAGACUGUCAAAGGUUGCCGCGAAAGCUGUUACUACUAGCGACAUUGCAAAUCAACAGAAUGCCAUCACCGAGCCUUUUAGCCUUGUCGAUACAGCCAUGCGCAGCUGGGUAUUGAGUGAUGAACUUCGGAGCCUUUGCAAGCUGCUCCCUCACCAGACCGUUGCGGAUGCCUUUCCCACAACUAGCUUUCAAGAAGGCCUCAUGGCGAUGUCCGUAAAGCAUCCUGGGUCAUAUAUUGCCAAGCAUGUUUAUAAGAUCCCCGAGCACGUUGACCUUGAGCGAUUCAAGGAUGCCUGGGAAGAAACUGUGAAGCUGUGCAAUAUAUUGCGCACUAGGAUCGUACUUCAUCAGGGAUUUUCAGUUCAAGUCAUUGUUAACGAUGACAUUGCUUGGGAUUCAACACAUGGCGAGGACAUGGCUGCGUACAUCAACACAACGAAGGAGGAACCUAGUGGCGAUAGGUAUUUUGUCUGGACUAUUCACCAUUCCGCUUUCGACGGAUGGACGAUGCAGAUUGUCCUUGAAACUUUACAAAAAGUCUAUCGCAAGCAGGACGUAUUAGCUCCUCGAGCCUUCUCAGACUUCAUUCGCUACGUGUCUGAGUCUGACCAAGCUGAAGCUAAAAACUUUUGGUCUUCUCAACUCAAAGAUGCUCAGCGAGCUACUUUCCCUGCUAGCAAUUCAUCGAUUACUGAAUCUACCACCCGAGUAAUGAAGAAAAAGAUCUCUUUGACAAGCGUCCUGGGAGAGGGGACUUCAAUUACAAAGCCUACCAUACUACGUGCCGCUUGGGCUAUCGUGCUCGGUAAAUACAGUGAUACUGAUGACAUCUCUUUCGGAACCACUGUUUCUGGUCGUCAAGCUCCCCUGGCUGGAAUGACUGAGAUUGCUGGCCCUGCGGUGGCAACUGUUCCCGUUAGAGUUCAGCUUGACAGUUCCAAAACAGUAGCCCGGUUCCUUCAGGAUAUCCAGAAUCAGGCUUCUGAAAUGAUCGCUUAUGAGCAAUUCGGGCUUCAAAACAUUGCAAAGACUAGCGAAAGUGCUCGCGAGGCCUGUGACUUUUCUAGCUUGUUGGUCGUUCAGCCCGGCCAGUUCCUGCAACACGGUGAGGACGGCACAGAUGCAAUCCUGGUUAGUGCCCACCACGAUGAGAUCGCUGAAGGAGAAGUAAUGCACAAUUACUUCACCUACCCGUUGAUUAUGGAAGGUGUUCUAUACGAAGAUUACGUGGAAUUGCUUGUUAUCUACAACGCCGGCGUCCUUGCCGAGUCUCAAAUUACUGCUCUGUGCCACCACUUUGAGCAUGUUACGCAGCAACUUGCUGGCCAAGACAACCUUUUACUUGGCGAUAUUGCUGUUGCUGGUUCUUGGGAUAUGGAGCAGAGCUAUAAAGCAAACCAAGAAGCUCCUGAGAUUAUUGACUCCUGUAUUCACGAAUUGGUCGAGAAACAAGUGAUGGCGCGACCUGACGCCCUCGCUAUUUCCGGAUGGGAUCGAAUCUUUACAUAUGCCGAAAUGAACGAGGCUGCCAACCGAUUGGCUCACCACCUUACUCAGACUUAUACCAUAAAGGCCGACGAUCUAAUCCAUGUCUGCUUUGAAAAGUCCGCAUGGUAUAUAGUUUCUAUUCUCGCAAUCAACAAGGCUGGUGCUGCCUGGGUUCCCCUUGACCCAUCUCAUCCAGAGCAGCGUUUGCGCCAGAUUGCCAGCCAAACCCGCGCCAAGAUUGUGUUGACUUCGCCUGCUAGCGUGGGUGUCUGUUCUAGCCUCGACAUGUCCGUCAUCGAGAUCAGUCCCGUCUUUGAUGAGACGCUGAUCAAGUCUGGCAUGCCGAGUGCAACUGGGCCUGCCGUUACUGUGACACCUCGCAACAUUGCCUACGUCCUCUUCACGUCCGGAUCAACGGGCACGCCAAAGGGAUUGAUUAUGGAGCAUCGCUCAGUGUGCACCUCGCAAACAGCUAUUGCCAAGCGACUUGGAUUGACGGCUGAUGUACGUAUGUUGCAAUUUUCCGCCUUUGUUUUCGAUGUUUCUAUCGGCGAAAUCAUGGCUUCCCUAACUUCAGGAGCCUCGGUACAUGUUCCUGAUGAACACAGCCGAUUACAUGACUUGACAAGCUAUAUACAAGAGAACGAAAUUACAUGGGCUUUUCUUACCCCUGCGUUUGCUCGUACUAUAAAGCCUGAGAACGUGCCUACUCUGGAGCUAUUGCUUCUAGCAGGCGAGGCAGUCAGUCGCGAGGUAUUUGAAUCCUGGUAUGGCAAGGUUAGACUCAUCAACGGCUGGGGCCCAGCUGAGACUUGUGUUUUCUCAACUCUCCACGAAUGGAAGUCAGCCAACGAGAGUCCGCUUACCAUUGGCCGACCUGUGGGUGGCUUCUGCUGGAUUGUAGAUCCGGAAGAUCAUCAAAAGCUAGCCCCUACAGGCACAGUUGGCGAGAUUGUGAUCCAAGGUCCGACUGUAUUAAGGGAAUACCUGGCUGAUUUAGAGAAAACGAGGUCGUCGAUCGUAAAUGAUCUACCAGAUUGGGCCCCUCGCCGCGAGUCCCAGCCUUGGAGCAGAUUUUAUAAAUCUGGCGACUUGUGUUCCUACAACCCUGAUGGAACAAUAGAAUUCUCGUCGCGUAAAGAUACUCAAAUCAAGAUUCGAGGCCUGCGCGUGGAAUUGGGCGAAAUCGAACACCAUUUACAGCUUGUUCUUGAUGAUGUUCAGCAAGUCGCAGUUGACGUAUUCAAGGCCGAAAACGGAUCAAAUCUUGUUGCGUACUUUUGCUUCAGCAAGGAAACCAAGACGGCCGAUGCACGUGUUGUAAACGAUGAUGAGGGCCUGUUCGUUAAUAUUGAUGAAGAUCUCAAAACUCGUCUCAUCGCUGCUUCCGGGGAAUUAAGAGUCCUUCUUCCGUCCUACAUGGUUCCAACCUUUUUUAUCCCCUGCCGUUAUAUGCCAACCAGUGUUUCGAUGAAGCUUGAUCGCAAGGAACUUAAGCGAUUUACCGCUGGUUUAUCUACAGACGAGCUGUCCAAAUACUCGCUCGUUGGUGGCGAGAAGCGCAAGCCCGAGACUUUCAUGGAAACCCAGCUGCAACAGAUCUGGGCUGAAGUUCUCCAACUUUCUGUGGAAUCAAUCGGACGUGACGAUAGCUUCCUUGGUCUUGGUGGCGACUCUAUUACCGCUAUUCAUCUAGUGAAUGUUUUGCGUGAAGAAGGUAUCUCUUUAACUAUAAAGGAUAUCUUUGACGACCCUCGCUUGCUUGCUGUUGCUAGUAAGGCCAAAGAAAGCGAUGUCGAAGUCGAAGUUGAAGAGAUUGAGCCAUUCAGCCUUCUAAAUAGAGAAAUUCGUGAGAUUGUACUCUCUGAUACCUUCAAAGAAGAGCUCAAGCUUUCUGCUGAACAAGAAAUCGAUGAUGCCUAUCCGUGCAGCAAGCUUUCAGAAGGUCUUAUGGCCAUUUCCGUCAAACAACCUGGAUCGUACGUUGCGAAACACACAUAUCGUUUGCCUGACAAUGUUGAUCUGGGUCGAUUUAAAGAAGCGUGGGAAUGCACCUCAUUUGCUAUUGAGGCUCUUCGAACUCGUAUUGUGAUUGUCAACGAUUCUUGCAUCCAAGUUGUGGUCAAUAAGGAGCUCCCAUGGGAGAUGAUCCAGACAGAUGAUAUUCGCACUGCCACUGCCUCAUCUCAGUCCUUCCGAAUGUCAUACGGUACGCCUCUGUCUCGUUAUACGGUCCUCAAAGAUGAACAUGGAAACAACUUUUUCAUGUGGGCUAUUCACCACUCAGUUUUUGAUGGCUGGUCCAUGAGAAUCAUCUUAGAGACAUUGUGGCGGGAAUAUGACGGCCGGUAUGCGCCUACCAUUCAGCCAUACAAGAAUUUCAUCCGUUACACACUCAAUCUUGAUACAGAAGCUGCAUCUGAGUAUUGGAGCGCUCAGCUCGAAAAUGCUAAGAGAGCCACUUUCCCAGCUGUCACAAUGAAAGGCGAGAAGAAGCACAUUACACGCAUGCUAACGAAAUCUAUUCGCUUCCCGGCCUCGAUGAAUCCGGCUAUUACCAAGGCCACAGUUUUUCGGGCGGCUUGGGCUGUUAUUCUUGCCCGCUACUGUGACACCGAUGAUGUAACUUUCGGGUCUACCAUCUCUGGUAGACAGGCUGCAGUUCCAGGCCUGACCGAGAUGGCAGGCCCUGCCGUUGCUACUGUUCCCGUCAGAGUUCGUCUCAAUUAUCAGCAACGCGUGUCAAAAUUCCUGCAGGAUAUUCAGAACCAGGCAUCUGGGAUGAUUGAGUUUGAACAAUUUGGCUUGCAGAAUAUCACAAGUCUAGGGACUGAUGCUAGAGAUGCCUGCGACUUUGCAUCUUUAAUGGUAGUCCAGCCAAUGAACCAUUUACAAGGAGAUGAUGUGGACACUCUCUUGAUACCAACUGUUUCUGAACAAGACAUUCAGGAGGAUCAACUGCAAAAUUACUUCUCGUAUCCUCUAGUUCUGCAACAACUUAUGUAUGAGGAUCGGGUUGAUCUUCUUUUGAUCUACGAUUCUGCCGUUUUCCCCGAGUCUCAAGUUGUUGCGCUGUCUCACCAGUUUAACGAGGUUAUUCAACAACUCGUCAGUGGCAGAGAUUGCACACUUGGAGAAAUUUCUAUUGCUAGUCCUUGGGAUUUUGAUCUUGUCCAAGCCUCUAAUGGUGAUGGGCCUGAAAUCACUAAUGAUUGCGCCCAUCUCGUUAUUGAACGCCAAGCUAAGCAAACUCCUCAUGCUAAUGCUGUUGACGCUUGGGAUGGCAAAUUUACGUAUAGUGAACUUGAUCUGGCCGCUAAUAGACUGGCCAAUUUGCUGGUCAAUCGCCACGGCAUCAAGACUGGAGAUUUCGUUCAUGUGUGCUUCGAGAAAUCUGCCUGGUACAUGGUCUCAAUUCUUGCGAUCAAUAAAGCUGGAGCUGCUUGGGUCCCUAUGGAUCCAGCGCACCCAUUUCAACGCCUUCAGCAAGUGGCUAGCCAGACAGGUGCCAGAUUGGCUCUUGCCUCUUCCACUCAUAGCCACCUGUGCUCCAAGCUGGUAUCCUCUGUAAUUGAAGUCUCUUCGGCUUUGAACGAGCAGCUCAAGGAAGACGCAACUAUCAACGACCAGAAGCCCUCGGUCAACGUCAAGUCCAGCGAUGUAGCUUACGUGCUCUUUACUUCAGGCAGCACAGGUGGCCCCAAAGGAUUUGUAAUGGAGCACGUAUCGCUUUGCACUAGUCAGCGUGAUAUCGCAAAGAGACUUGGUGUCACGAGCAGCGUUAGGAUGCUUCAGUUCUCAUCCUUUGUGUUCGAUUUGUCUGUCGGAGAGAUUUGGCUUGUUCUUAUGCAUGGUGGUUGUGUUUGCAUCCCGAGCGACCAUGAUCGCCUCAACAAUUUGGUUGGAUUCAUUGCGAAAGCUCAGGUAAACUGGGCGUUCUUGACACCAUCACUUGCUCGUACAUUGCAACCGCAGGACGUUCCUAGCCUGGAGCUCGUUCUUCUCGCUGGUGAAACUGUUAGCCAGGAUGUCUUUGACCUCUGGUUUGGCAAAGCUCGACUGGUCAAUGGCUGGGGUCCGGCUGAGACUUGUGUGUUUAGCACAUUGCACGAAUAUAGGUCAUCCAACGAUAAUCCUUCAACCGUCGGUACACCCGUUGGAGGAUAUUGCUGGGUUAUUGGUACCGAUGAUCAUCAUCGCCUAGCCCCAGUCGGAUGUAUCGGCGAAAUAGUUGUCCAGGGCCCAACGCUUCUUCGGGAGUACUUGGCUGAUCCAGCCAAGACCGCUUCAUCAACCUUGACGUCUUUGCCUAACUGGGCACCUCGUGCAAGCUCAAAGCACUGGAACCGUUUCUACAAGACAGGCGACUUGGGAUUCUAUAACUCUGAUGGAACUAUCCACUGCUUGGGUCGCAAGGAUUCUCAGGUUAAGAUUCGAGGGCUUCGUGUUGAACUAGGUGAAAUUGAGCAUUAUAUUCGGGACUCGCUUGACUCUAUUCAUCAAGUCGCUGUUGAUGUGUUCCGAACAGAGACUGCGACAAAUCUCGUCUCCUAUCUCUGCUUCAGCGACAACACCAAAACGCCUGGCUCUGACACUGACCCCGAGGGCAAAGACGUUUUCUUCUCCAUGACUGAAGCUCUGCAGACAGAGCUGAAUAUUGUCGUUAACAAGCUCAGUGCCUCGCUGCCUAAUUACAUGAUUCCGACCUAUUUUAUUCCGUGCAAUUACAUGCCUCUUAUUUCAUCUGGAAAACUAGACAGGAUUAAACUCCGCAAGCUCAUGGAAACACUAUCUCAGCAAGAUCUGGAAGAUUACUCACUUGCUGAUGCCAACAAGCGCGCCCCAGAUACAGAAAUGGAGAUUCGAUUGCAGCAUUUAUGGGCUGAGAUCUUGAAUAUCCCUGCUCAGACUAUUGGCAAAGAUGACAGCUUCCUUCGUGUUGGCGGCGACUCUAUUGCCGCCAUCCGUCUAGUUUCUAUGGCCCGCGAGACUGGCAUUACGCUGACUGUGACCGGAAUCUUUGAAGACCCGUGCUUAUCUUCUAUGGCUGCUGCUGCGACUAUAGCCGACAACGCAGAUGAGUUGUCAGCUCAUAUUCCUACCUUUUCCCUGCUUGGUGACGAUGCUCAGCGUCUCAUCCAAAGCUCCAGCAUCUACGAAGUCUGCAAUCUUCAAGAGAGUCAGAAAAUAGAGGACGCCUAUCCCACUACGAAAUUUCAGGAAGGCCUCAUGGCUCUGUCUGCGAAGCAGCCUGGAUCGCAUAUCGCAAAACAUCUUUAUUGUCUGCCUAAGCACGUUGACGUUUCUGGGUUUAAGGUUGCUUGGAGGGCCACAGUAGACGCCUGCAGCGUCCUUCGUACGCGAAUCGUAUUAACUGGCGCGUCUACAACACAAGUUGUUAUUAGUGAUGACUUUCAGUGGGAUUCUGUUCAAAGUCAAGACGUUUACGCAUAUCUUCGCGAAAUCCAAGAUUUGGAAAUGGGAUACGGCUCCCGCCUUUCACGUUAUGCUCUUAUUAAACAUACGGACGGGAAUAAUUAUUUCAUAUGGAGCGCUCAUCAUGCCGUUUUUGAUGGUCUAUCAGUCCAGAAUAUUUUAAAUAUUCUUACAAAAGCCUACCAUAAUGCCAAUAUCCCUAAAGUACCGGCAUACUCCCGAUUCAUCAACUAUAUUCUUGGUUCUAACGCAGAAGCUGCCGCUUCGUAUUGGAGAGAUCAAUUACACAGUGCUCGUAAAGCUACUUUCCCUGCUUCAAGCAAGAUUUCUAAUCAACCUGGCGCCACUCAAGUUCUUGAAAAGUCCAUCAAGCUUCCCGAGGUGGCUUCAUCGGGAAUCACCUUUGCUACCAUAGCUCGGUCUGCCUGGGCUAUGAUUCUUGCCCGUUAUAGUGAUGUUGAUGACGUCGCUUUUGGUACAGCAAUUUCAGGCCGUCAGGCCCCUGUGCCUGAAAUAAUAGACAUGGUUGGUCCAAUGGUAGCCACCGUCCCAGUCCGUGUUCGAGUGGAUCAAACGCAGGCUGCUCCCGAUUUUCUUCAUGCAGUUCAAAAGCAAGCUUUUGCAAUGGUUCCUUACGAGCAAUUUGGUCUACAGAGCAUCGCUAAACUUAGCGAAGACGCUAGAAAUGCUUGUGAUUUCUCAUCGCUUCUGGUCAUCCAGCCUAUGAAGCAUGUUUCAGGCUUUGGCAACGCUGAGUCUAUCCUUAUAGAAGCAGAUGGAAAACUGAAAGAGAUGUCUGAGUCCUUGCAAAACUACUUCACAUAUCCUCUUAUUACACAAGCCCACAUAUACGAAGAUCACAUUAACAUUGUCCUUAUAUAUGAUUCAAAAAUCUUGACAAAAAUGCAGAUUGAGGCUUUGUCACAUCAGCUUGGCCACGUCAUGUGUCAACUUGCAGCUGCUACUGGCGAGGAUACUUUGGGUUCGAUCUCUAUUUCUUCCUCUUGGGAAUUGGAGCACGCUGUAUCUACAAAUGGCAAUGACAUUGAAAUUGUCGAAUCUUGUGUGCAUAGCCUCGUUGAGCGCCAGGCUGAGAUUCGGCCCAACGCUCCAGCUAUCUCAGCUUGGGAUGCUGAGCUGUCGUAUAGCCAACUUGAUCACGCCGCUAAUCGACUAGCUAACUAUCUUAUCGAUGUUUAUGACAUUCAUCCAGAGGAUCUUAUCCAUGUUUGUUUCGAAAAGUCUGUGUGGCAUUUCGUCUCAAUUCUUGCAAUCAACAAAGCUGGCGCCGCCUGGGUUCCUCUUGACCCUUCCCAUCCAGAACAACGUCUCCGAAAGGUCAUUGGUCAAACUGGCGCUAAGCUUAUUCUCACUUCUGCUGGUAAAACGGGCAUGUUCUCCGACUUGAUUGAGAAUGUCCUCGAAGUCACGCCAAGCCUUGAUCAAAAGCUUGCUGCCACAGCCAGCUCUGAUGCCCCCCAGGUGAAUGUUACUCCUGACAAUGCGGCAUAUGUUUUAUUCACGUCUGGCUCAACUGGUACCCCGAAAGGCUUUGUCAUAGAGCACAGGUCCGUCUGUACCUCGCAGACUGCCAUGUCUCAAAGGCUAGGGCUUACAUCAGAGGUUCGAUUUCUUCAAUUUGCUGCAUAUGUGUUUGACAUGUCAAUUGGUGAAACUAUCGCUUCGUUAAUCAACGGAGCUUGCCUCUGUGUGCCUUCGGAAGAAAUCCGAAUGAAUAGCAUCACAAAGUACAUUCGUGACCAUCGCGUUAACUGGGCAUUUUUGACGCCCUCUUUUGUCAGGACUUUGAGGCCUGAAGAUGUCCCCAGCUUAGAAUUACUAAUUCUUGCUGGCGAAGCCGUUCCUAAAGAGACCCUGGCAACUUGGUUCGGCAAGCUACGCCUUAUCAACGGCUGGGGACCUGCUGAGACUUGCGUUGUUAGCACGUUAUACGAGUACAGGUCGAUGGAUGACAGUCCAUUAACAAUAGGCACCCCUGUUGGAGGACAUUGCUGGAUCGUUGAUCCGGAAAAUCCCUCAAAGCUUGCACCAUUUGGUACAUUGGGCGAAGUCGUCAUCCAAGGGCCAACCCUGCUUCGCGAGUACUUGGCAGACCCAGAACGCACUGCAGCUUCUUCAGUCAAGGUGCUUCCUAAGUGGGCGCUUCAGUCUAAUUCAGGUAGCCACUGGAACCGCUUUUACAAAUCUGGGGACUUGUGUUGGUACAAUCCAGAGGGAAUCAUACAGUUUUCUUCUCGAAAAGACACACAAAUCAAGAUUAGAGGCUUACGUGUUGAGCUAGAGGAUGUUGAACACCACAUUCAAGUUGCUUUACAUGGCGUUUGUCAAAUUGCUGUUGAUGUAUAUCAGAGCGAGAGUGGUGCUAACCUCGUGGCCUAUCUCUGUUUCACCAAUGCCACUCGCAUCAGUGGCACCAGUGAUGACGCCGGUAGUCCAUUCCUCCCAAUUGAUGGAGAGCUUCAAGAACGCUUGAUUACACUAGUUGGCGAGCUAAAACUGACGCUCCCACAAUACAUGAUUCCCACCUUCUUUGUCCCGUGUGGCUUCAUGCCGUCAGUUACGUCCACCAAGUUAGACCGUAAUGAGCUACGUCGACAUACUAAAGGCCUUACACAUGCCAAGCUAUCAGACUAUUCCCUGCUCGAUAGCGCGAAGAGGACCCCAGAAACUGAGAUGGAGCGUAAGCUCCAGCACAUUUGGUCUGGCAUACUGGGUAUACCCGCAGACUCUAUUGGUCGCGAUGACAGUUUUCUGGGCCUUGGAGGCGACUCCAUAACUGCAAUCCAGCUAGUUGGUGCCUGUCGAGAUCAGGCUGAGGUUGCUCAAGUAUUAGACUCUGUCGAGGAUUCCAUUAUUGAGCCAUUUGGUUUAUUGAACGAUGAUCAACGUCGCCUUGUCACUGGUAAUACUAUCAAGGUUGAGUACGAUUUGGGACCUGCAGCGGUUGUAGAAGACGCCUAUCCAUCAACUCACCUUCAAGAAGGUCUUAUGGCUAUAUCUACUAAGCAGCUUGGUACGUACAUUGCUAAGCUUGUCUACCGCCUGCCUGAUCAUGUGGAUCUCGAUGCGUUCAAGGCUGCCUGGGAGCAGACUCUUGACCUCUGUGGCAAUUUGAGGACUCGUCUUGUUGUCGCUGGAGAUGCUAGCCUGCAAAUUGUGAUUAAACAUGAUCAGAUCCAAUGGGAGAUCCUCCACGAGUCUGUAUAUGCCUACCUCUCCCAGGAUUUCAUAAUGGGAUACGGUGACCGUCUAUGCCGCUAUGCUAUAAUCCAUGAGCCCUCAAAAGAGAAUUACUUUGUGUUAAUCGUUCACCACGCUAUAUUUGAUGGCUGGACAUUACCCAUGCUCAUGGAAAGCUUGAAGUCGGCCUAUCGUGGCGUUGAGCUUCCGACUCUCCAACCCUAUGCCGGAUUUGUCAAAUAUACGUUGGGAAUCAAUGAGGCUGCUGCUGCAGAUUAUUGGAGCGACCAGCUUAAAGAAGCCAAAGCCGCUUCGUUCCCAUCGCCGCCGCAAGCCCAAUGGCCUCAGUCAAUCUCUAGAAUGAUUGAAAAGCCCAUCAACUUUUCUCAUUCAAUUAAAUCUGGUAUUACCAGAGCUUCUAUUCUGAGAGCUGCCUGGGCUCUUGUGAUUUCAAGGUAUUCCGACAGCUCUGAUGUGACUUUUGGCGCCAAUGUUUCAGGCCGUAAUGCAGCUGUCAACGGUAUUGAAUCAAUGCCCGGUCUGGUAGUUGCAACCGUCCCUGUCCGUGUGCGUUUAGACCCCGAGCAAAGCGUCUCUCAAUUUUUAGAGGGUAUUCAAGACCAAUCAACUGGGAUGAUCCCGUUUGAGCAAUUCGGGCUACAAAACAUUUCGAAAUUAAGCGCUGAGGCGCGAGACGCAUGCAAUUUCUCAUCUCUAAUGGUUGUCCAGCCUAUGUCGAGCUUUACGAGUAGCAACAACUCCGAAGAUGCCGUACUUGUAUCCACUGACCUCGGUGCAAAUACAACGGUGCAGAGUCUACAAAACUAUUUCACCUAUCCUCUAGUGAUCCAAGCACAUCUAUACGAUGAUGCAGUUAACUUGUUACUCAUCUACGAUGCCAGUGUCUUGGCAGAGAGUCAACUCCAAGCGCUGGCUACUCAAUUCGACCAUGUUGUCCAGCAACUACUUACUGCAGAGCCUGAUGGUAAACUUGCAUCUAUCAGCGUUGCUGGGCCGUGGGAUUUACAGAAGGCUAUAAGCUUCAAUGUCGAAGAGCCUGGUCUUGUCAAUGCUUGCAUGCACGACCUUAUCUCUCGACAAGCAGCUCGUGAUCCUCAUCACGAUGCCAUCUACACAACCGAAGGCACCAUGUCUUAUGCAACUUUGGAGCGCCUUUCUAGUCUCUUUGCUCACCAUUUACAAGAACACGGCGUAAAGCCGGAAACUGUCGUUCCUUUCUGCUUUGAGAAAUCGCAUCUGGCUAUUAUUGCCAUGAUUGGUAUCUUAAAAGCCGGUGGUGCCUUUAUGCCUCUGGAUCCAUCACAUCCUCGCAACCGUCAUAGGGCAUUAGUUGAAGAAGUCGAAGCCCAGGUUAUGGUUGUCUCAUCCUCGAGCUUUCUUUCUUGCGAUGGCCUAGCUUCUACCACUGUAGAGCUUACAGAUCUAUUGCUUGAACAGCUCGCUUUCACUUACGAUGCCUUUCAACCAACCCACCCGAAAUCCAAACCUGAGAAUGCCGCAUAUGUCCUCUUCACAUCGGGCUCCACAGGAAAGCCAAAAGGUGUUUUGAUGGAGCACUCUGCUUUUAGUACCAGCACUCUCGGCCACGGUCAUGUAUACGAUCUUGGGCCAAAUUCUCGCGUCUUUCAGUUCUCCAAUUACAUUUUUGAUGGAAGCUUGGGUGAGAUUUUUACGACCCUUUCAUUUGGUGGCACUGUUUGUGUGCCCUCUGAGACAGAAAGGCUCCAAGGAGCGCCUUCAUUUAUGCACAGGGCUGGAGUCAAUACAGCAAUGUUAACACCGUCAUUUGUUCGAACUUUUACACCUGAUCAAAUCCCAUCUUUACAGUUGCUUGUUCUAGGUGGCGAGCCGUCAUCUAAAGACCUUCUUGAGACGUGGUGCAAGACUCUUCGUCUUGUUAACGGUUACGGCCCAGCUGAAGCUUGCAACUACGCGACAACUCAUGAGUUCAAGGAUAGUGACUCUCCUCGCACCAUUGGGCGUGGAUUCAACAGUGCUUGCUGGAUCGUUGAGCCAAAUGACCACAACAAGCUAGCCCCUAUUGGAUGCGUUGGAGAGCUCAUUAUCCAAGGAAAUGCGCUUGCCCGAGGUUAUAUCAACGACCCCGAAAGAACUUCUAGCUCCUUCAUAGCUGAUAUCAGCUGCUUGCCUAAAUCUCUGUUUGCCAACGCACGCAGAUCCUACCUAACAGGUGACCUCGUUCGAUACAAUGCCAACGGGGAGAUGGAAUAUAUUGGAAGAAAAGACACACAAGUUAAGCUUCGUGGGCAACGUCUCGAACUCGGGGAAAUUGAAUAUCAUGUCAAGCGAUCCUUGUCUAGCAUUGAGCAUGUCGCUGUCGAUCUGUGUCAUGGGGAGACCGGUGAUGCUCUCAUCGCGUUCAUCUCCUUUAAAGAUGUGGCUGCCUCGGGCCCAGACAACAUACUUUCUCUUGAUGACGAACUACAAUCUACUUUAGCCGCGGUCAUGGAGAAUUUGAGGAGCUCUCUUCCAGGCUACAUGGUACCUUCUACAAUCUUACCGCUGAGCGAAAUGCCGUUUAUCACUUCAAUGAAAAUUGACCGAAAGAAGCUGAUUGCGUUAGCUAAUGGCCUCUCGUUGGAAAUGAUUUCGUCUUUCUCUCUUGCUAGUCGAGACUAUGCUGCACCAAUCACGGCCAUGGAGAAGAAAAUGGCUGGUCUAUGGGCCCAAAUUCUGAAGACUAACCCUGAUGAUAUCAGCAGAAACGACAGUUUUCUUCAAAUUGGUGGUGAUUCAAUUACUGCCAUUCACCUGGUUGCACUUGCUCAACAAUCUGGCAUUAAUCUGCCAAUUGCUAGUAUUUUUGCAAACUCAAAGCUGUCUUCUGUGGCAUUAUCAGCUGAAGAGGGUGAAGUUCAGCCUGUUGAUGAGAUAGUACCUUUCUCAUUGACGGCAACUAAAAACUUGAACGCUUUAAUCGAAGAAGUUCGUGCCAAAUGUGAUCUUCCCAGUACUGCCAUCAUUGAAGAUAUCUACCCCACAACAAGCUUCCAAGAAGGGCUGAUGGCCUUGACCGUCAAGCAACCUGGUUCUUAUAUUGCCAAGAGCACUUACCGCCUUCCAAAGGAUAUUGAUACUGUUCGCUUCAAGGCAGCUUGGGAAGAUACCAUGAAGCUCUGUAGCAACCUUCGUACACGCAUAGUUCUCUCUGCCAGUACUUCUAUCCAGGUGGUUGUGAAAGAUGUGGGCUCAUGGGAUGACACAUCCAAUAUGAGUCUCAAGUCCUAUCUUCAAGCUACUCACAAACUUCACAUGGUGUAUGGCUCUGCUCUCAGUCGCCAAGCUCUUAUCGAGCAAGAUGAUGGAGAGAAGUACUUUGUGUGGUCUGCCCAUCACACUGUGUUUGACGGUUGGACCACUCGGUUGGUCUUAAACACCUUGAUAUCAGCCUAUAUGGGAGAUGAGAUUGUGCCUUUCGAUUCCUAUGCCCGUUUCAUCAAUUAUACCACUAGUCUCGACCUUGAAGCUGCAAAGGCCUAUUGGAGCAGGCAGUUGCUAGAUGCAAAGCGAGCGUCGUUCCCUUCGGCUACGAAUAAAGGAUCCCAGAGCAAAACAUCUAGUACGCGCGUGUAUGAGAAGUUCAUUGAGCUUCCGCAGUUCAAACAAACGUCAAUCACCAUGGCUUCUCUCUUGCGUGCUACCUGGGCGCUGAUCCUUGCUCAGUAUUGCGACAUGAAUGACGUUACUUUUGGUACUACAAUUUCUGGCAGACAAGCCCCAGUAUCGGGAAUCACUGAGAUAACCGGCCCCGUUGUAGCUACCGUGCCGGUACGUGUCCAGCUAGACAAGCAAGCGUCAAUCUCGAAAUUCCUACAGGGUAUUCAGAAUCAGGCCGCUGGCAUGAUUCCAUUCGAGCAGUUUGGGUUACAGAAUAUCGCAAAGUUGAAUAUCGAGGCCAAAGAAGCUUGUGAUUUUACAUCACUCUUAGUUAUUCAGCCCAUGAAGGCGCUCCUUGAUACCGGUGAUCGCGAAUCCAUUCUCGAACCAAUUGAUGCUACUAUCCACGGCGGAGCAGAUUACAUGCAAGACUAUUUCUCUUACCCUCUUGUCAUCCAAGGUCACGUAUAUGAGAACUCUUUCAACCUAAUGCUUAUUUACAACACGGACAUUCUACCUGAGCAACAGCUACUGGCUUUGGCUCAUCAAUUCGAGCACGUCUCCCAGCAACUGGUCGCAAACGAUAGCAUGGCGCUUGAAGAUGUUUCUCUUUCAGGCCCAUGGGACCUUGAAUAUGCAUUGCAUCAAAACCAAGAGAUGCCCGAGAUCAUUGACUCUUGCUUCCAUACCCUCUUUGAACAGCAGGCUGCUAUUCGACCUGAUGCCCCUGCAGUUCACGGCUGGGAUACUAAGUUUAAUUACGCUCAGCUUAACGAGGCCGCCAACAGAUUGGCGCAUCAUCUUAUUCAAGAGUAUGAGGUCAAAUUCAAUGAGCUUAUCCACGUUUGCUUCGAAAAGUCUGCCUGGUUUUUCGUCGCAAUUCUUGCAAUUAACAAGGCCGGCGGCGCCUGGGUGCCAUUGGAUCCUUCUCACCCUGCUCAACGCCAUCAGCAGAUUGUUACGCAAACAAAAGCUCGCCUCGCCCUUGUCUCAUCUGACAAUGUUUCAACUUGUGUCGAUCUUGUUGAUCAUGUAAUUGAAGUUUCUUCAACCACCGAUGAAAGCCUCAACAAGGCUGGCUCUUCUUGGCACAAUCCUGAUCUCAAGACUUCAUCUAGCCACGCCGUAUACGUGCUCUUCACCUCGGGAUCGACAGGUACCCCCAAGGGUCUUGUGAUGGAACAUGGAAGUGUUUGUACGUCACAAACAGCCAUUGUAAGACGCCUAGGAAUGACACCUAGCGUAAAAAUCCUCCAAUUCGCCGCGUUUGUGUUCGAUCUUUCCAUCGGAGAAAUUGUCGCGCCUCUUAUCAUCGGCGCAUGCACAUGCGUUCCAUCAGAGAAUGACCGACUAAAUGAAUUGCCAAAGUUUAUCCAACAGAAUAGCGUUAGCUGGGCGUAUCUCACCCCUUCAUUUAUACGAACACUCAAUCCAAAGGACGUGCCAAGCCUGAGAUUAGUAGUGCUGGCCGGUGAAGCUAUUCCCCGCGAAGUCUUGGAUGUCUGGUUUGGCAAAGUUCGUUUAAUCAAUGGAUGGGGACCGGCUGAAACCUGCGUGUUUUCAACUCUUCACGAAUGGAGAUCAAUUAACGAGUCGCCUCUUACGAUAGGUCGCCCGGUAGGCGGCUUCUGUUGGAUUGUUGACCCUGAGAACCCUAACAAGCUCGCACCAAUUGGAACCUUGGGAGAAAUCGUCAUCCAGGGUCCAACGCUAUUAAGGGAAUACCUAGAAGAUGCAGCUCGCACGUCUGAUAGCACUGUUCGCAGUCUUCCGGACUGGGUCCCGAACCGUACUGCUAGGCAUUGGGAUCGAUUCUACAAGUCUGGAGACCUUUGCUCUUACAAUGCUGACGGCACCAUCGAAUUUGCGAGUCGCAAGGAUACGCAGAUCAAGAUCAGAGGCCUUCGUGUUGAGCUAGGUGAAGUUGAACACCAUUUGCAGACUGCUCUCAGUGGUGUAAGACAGGUAGCUGUGGACGUCAUUAGAUCUAGCACUGCUGCUAGCUUGGUGGCUUAUAUCUGCUUUAACGACGAGACGAGAAUGACAGGUAUUCGUGGAAACGCUGACGAAGGCGGCCCUUUCACUGAGAUAGACGACAAGCUACAGGAGAGUCUCACUACUGCAGUUGGUCAGCUGAGUAUCUCACUGCCCCGGUAUAUGAUUCCUGUUUUCUUCAUACCCUGCCAGUACAUGCCUACUAUCACCUCUACGAAGCUGGAUAGGAAAUAUCUCAAGAAACGAACCGCGGCUCUCAGCCGAGAAGAGCUUACAAAAUACUAUCUCAAGAAAGAUAAGAAGCGUGCUCCUGUGACAAUGAUGGAGAAAAUUCUUCAAAUUAUAUGGUCGCAAAUCUUGUCUAUAUCGUCUGAGAAAAUUGGUCUUGACGAUAGCUUCUUGGGCAUAGGCGGCGAUUCAAUCACAGCCAUUCAUCUGGUAUCUUUAGCUCGGGAAUACGGCAUCUUGCUCACGGCUCAAGAUAUCUUUGAAGAUUCGAGACUGGCUGUCAUUGCAGCACGUGCGAAGAAGGUGGAUUCAGUAGCUGAAGAGGCUGUUGAGAUUCCUCCAUUUUCGCUCCUUAGCGGCGAAUCGAAGAUUAGAACUGAUGAGAUUCAUACACAGUACAGCUGGUCAUCUAAAACCAUCGUUGACGCCUACCCCUGUACGUCUCUACAAGAAGGCCUAAUGGCCUUAUCAGCUAAGCAACCAGGAUCGUAUAUUGCCAAGUACUAUUAUCGCAUGCCUAGAAAUGUGGAUAUUCCUCGAUUCAAGGCCGCCUGGGAGAAAACCGUUGCCCUAUGCCAUAACCUUCAAACCCGCAUCGUUCUCAUUGAUGAUAAGGCCACGCAGGUCGUCGUUGACGAGCCCAUUAUCUGGACUGAUAGCCAAUACUUGGCGACUGCAAUCUCAGAGAUAAAAUCAGUACAGAUGACAUACGGCUCCGCUUUGUCCCGGGUCGUUCUUGUUAAGCAAGACAACGGCGAUGUCUUCUUCUUGUGGGCAAUUCAUCAUGCUGUAUUCGAUGGCUGGACAAUACCUGUCAUUUUCAAUGUUUUAUACGCACUGUAUCGCGGUGAGGAACCAGUUCAGCCUGUUUCGCAUGCCCGAUUUGUGAAAUACAUUAUGGGCGUUGACAGACAAGAUACUAUUGGCUAUUGGAAAGAUCAACUAAGUGACGCCAAGAAAUGUUCAUUUCCUCCUGCUAUGGCCUCUCAUUCUGGCGCCACACAUGUUCUUGAGAAGUCCAUUACUUAUGCUCAGAGCACGGGUUCCUUUACCAGGGCUACAAUUCUUCGUGCCGCAUGGGCUCUUGUACUUGCAACUUAUUCCGAGAGCAGCGACAUAACCUUUGGAACUACAAUCUCAGGUCGGCAAGCUCCUGUAGAUGGUGUUACUACUAUGGCUGGCCCUGCCGUUGCCACUGUGCCUAUCAGAGUUCGUGUUGAUAGACACCAAACUAUUUCUGCUUUCCUGCAAAGUGUCCAGAGCCAAGCUCUGAAAAUGAUUUCCUAUGAGCAGUUUGGGUUACAGAACAUUUCAAAGAUAAGCGACGAUGCCAAAGAAGCUUGCGACUUUACCUCGCUAUUGGUUAUCCAGCCAAUUGAACAGCUAGAUCAUCAGAGCGAUGAUGCCCUCUUAGUCACCGCUGGCUCAGAAGUCAUUGGAGAGACGGUCUCUGUGCAAAAUUACUUUUCUUAUCCUCUGGUCAUUCAGGGCCAUCUCUAUGACAACAAGAUAAACCUGAUGUUAGUCUAUGAUUCUCAGCUUCUUUCGCAGAAGAAAAUGCAGGCUCUGGCCCUUCACUUCGACAAUGCUGUUCAAGAGCUCACAGGCCAGAAUGACAAGCUGCUCAGUGCUGUAUCUCUGUCUAGCGGUUGGGAUUAUGACCAUGCUAUCAAACUAAACAGUGAUUCGCCUGUGCCCGUCGAACGGUGCUUUCACGAGAUGAUUGACGAUGUUGCUUUGGUCCGAGGCAGCGCAUUAGCUAUUUCUAGCUGGGAUGCAUGCUUCACCUACGAGGAAAUAUUAGCGACAACCAACCGUAUUGCUCAUUAUCUCGUCAACUCCUAUGGCAUAGAAGUUGGAGACAUUAUUCAUGUGUGCUUUGAGAGAUCAGCAUGGUUUAUGAUCGCCAUUUUAGCCAUUAAUAAAGCUGGCGCAAUUUGGUCACCCCUUGAUCCAUCUGACUUGGCUGAACAUCACCGCAAGAUAAUUAGCCAAACUGGCGCCAAGCUGGUACUGACAUCAGCUGCCAAUUCUCAGACAUGCGCUGGCCUACUGUCCAACGUUCUUGAACUGACCUCUGAGUUGGAUGCCAAAUUGGCUGAAAACCUCGCCUGGAGCACCAGUCGACCAGCCGUCAAUGUCACGUCUAGUGACGCCGCCUAUAUCCAAUUCACCUCUAAGGCUUCAGAUACACCAAAGGGCGUUGUCAUGGAACAUGCUUCGCUUUGCACCAGCCAGACUUCUUUGUCACAUGCUCUUGAUAUGAAUGGUGGUUUCAAAGUUCUUCAGAUCUCUUCGUACUCGUUUGAUGCCGCGCUCUUUGAGAUUUGCUCCACAUUCCUUUCAGGAGCUUCCUUGUAUGUGCCUUCAUCAAACGAGCAGACCUACGAGUUGGCGGAUUACAUCAACAAGCACGAAAUCACUUGUGCCCUCUUAACACCAACACUGGCGCGAACUAUCCGACCUGAUGACGUUCCUUCUCUGAAUGUGUUGUUGAUUGGUGGCGAAGCUUCUACUCGUGAUGUUCUCGACAUUUGGUGCGGUAAACUCCGCCUAUUUAACAUCUGGGGUCCUGCUGAAUGCUGCGUCGCUGCCUCUAUUCAUGAAUGGACUUCAGCUGCGGGAUCCCCCAAUGUUAUUGGACGGCCAGUUGGUGGCUCUUGCUGGAUUGUUGAUCCAGAGGAUUCCACACGCAUGGCUCCUAUUGGGACGGUGGGCGAAAUCGCGAUUCAAGGUCGCAGCCUUCUUCGUGAAUAUCUUUCCGACCCUGUCACAACAGCGGCAACUACAAUCACUGGCCUUCCAUCAUGGGUUCCCAAAAAGGACUCUACUGAUUGUGAUCGGUUCUACUUGACUGGUGAUCUUGGCUUCAUUAAUGAAGAUGGCAAUAUGGAAUACUGCGCUCGCAAGGACGCACAAAUAAAGGUUCGAGGUCAGCGUCUUGAACUUGGAGAGAUUGAGCAUCACAUUCAAGCCCACCUUGAAGGUGUACAGCAAGUUGUCGUAGAUGGCAUCAAAUCAAAGGCCGGCAUAAUGCUUGUCGCCUUUAUUAGCUUCUCUAAUUCCACUGUAUCAAGACACUCAGAUAUGCUUGAUACUGACGACGACAUCUUCGUGCCACUUGACGAGGAUCUUAGAAUCACGCUGAGCAUUCUAAUGGGGACUUUGGGCACUCUGAUGCCUCAAUACAUGGUUCCGCGUGUUUUCAUUCCUUGUACCCGUAUGCCUCUUAAUAGUUCGAUUCAAUUGGACCCUCCUCAGACGACUAUGGAGGGCCGCAUCCAGCAAUUGUGGGCAAAGGUUUUGGAUGUCUCUGCUACAUCAAUAGGUCGUGAUGAUUCAUUUAUUCAGCUCGGCGGCGACUCUAUUCUUGCUAUUCAGCUUGUUUCCGUUGCUCGAGAUGCGAACAUUAAAUUCACCGUCGGGGAUAUCUUCGAUGACCCACGCCUGCAUGUAAUUGCCUCCAAAGCCACUGAGAUUGAUGAAGAGGGCCAGCUGGUACCUCAUAUUGAACCUUUCGGUCUUCUGAGUGAUUCACUCAAGAACGUUGUUCUCAGCAAGGGCGUUCAAGAGCAAUAUGGCCUUCCGAUCGAUAAGGAGAUAGAAGACGCGUACCAUUGUACCAAACUCCAAGAAGGUCUCAUGGCUCUCGCUGUUAAACAACCGGGAUCAUAUAUUGCUAAAUUCCUCUACCGCCUCUCUCGCAACGCCAAUGUCUCUCAUUUCAAGGCUGCGUGGGAAGAAACUGUUCGGACUUUACCCAAUCUUCGAACUAGAAUCUUCACUGCGGACGAUGUGUCUAUUCAAGCAAUCUUCAAAGACGACAUCGCUUGGCAGUCGAGUCAAGGAAAGUCCUUGCGCUCUUAUAUGCGCUCAGCUCAGAACUUUGAGAUGACUUAUGGCUCGCAACUUAGUCGCUAUGCUCUGGUUGAAGACAACGGUGAUACAUACUUCGUGCUCUCUAUACAUCACGCCGUCUACGAUGGUUGGAGUUUGAGAAUUGUCAUGGAAGUCUUGCACUCUAUUUUCCGCAAUCAAAGCGCCAUUGUUGUAGAGCCCUAUGCGCGAUUUGUUCAGUAUACUUUGGAAAACGACGGCGAUGCCGCCAUUGACUACUGGACAUCACAGUUCCAAGGCGCAAAGAGGACUAUCUUCCCGUCUACCACAUCCAAAUCGGAGGAGAAGACGAAAUUAAACACAACCAAGGUGACUGAAAAGGUGAUUACACUGCCUAGCCUUACUGGCUCUUCUAUAACAAAGGCCACCAUGCUUCGAGCCGCCUGGGCCAUCGUUCUCGCCAGGUACUGUGAUUCCAACGAUGUUACUUUCGGAGCCACUAUAUCUGGUCGGCAGGCACCCGUCCACGGCCUUACCAAUAUGAUUGGACCUUGUAUUGCAACAGUUCCAAUUCGCAUCACCAUUGACGGCACGCAGUCUGUAUCCGAUUACCUGCAUGCUGUUCAAGGCCAAGCCAAUCACAUGAUACCGUUCGAACAGUUUGGCCUACAAAAUAUUUCCAAACUCAGCGCCGAUGCUAAAGAUGCGUGCAAUUUCAGCAGCCUGCUCGUCGUUCAGCCCGUCCAGUCGCUCUCUUACGUCGAUGAAGAUGCUGAUUCCCUCUUUGUCCCUACAGAGGUUGAAAAAGAGGUUGUCGAUACCGUGCAGAAUUAUUUUACCUAUCCAUUAGUGAUUCAAGGCCACAUGCAUGAAGAUUACAUUAAGCUCGUUUUGAUCCACGACGAAGAUGUAUUGUCUGAAAUGCAAAUGGUUGCUUUAUCUCAUCAACUCGACCAUGUCAUAAUGCAGCUUGCAUUACACCCAGAAAAGGAACUGCAUUCCAUUUCAAUCGCUAGUGACUGGGAUGUCCAGAACUCUCUAAAACAAAACAGCGAUAUCCCCGACAUUGUUGAUUCUUGUAUUCACCAUCUUAUUGAGCGUCAGGCAACUACGCAGCCGGAUGCCCUGGCUAUUGUAAGCUGGGACCGCGACUUUACUUACAAGCAACUAAGUGAAGCGUCUAAUAGGCUCGCCCAUUUCCUCGUCAAUGAGCAUGGUGUUAAGCCUGAUGAUCUGGUUCAUGUUUGUUUUGAGAAAAGCGCUUGGCAUUACGUUGCAAUACUCGCAAUCAACAAGGCCGGCGCUGCCUGGGUUCCCUUGGAUGCCUCACAUCCUGAACAGCGUCUCCGUCAGAUUGCUUCCCAAACCCGUGCCGCCCUCGCGCUCGUUUCUCCAACCAAUUAUGCUUUAUGUGCUAGUCUUAUCGACAGCGUGGUCCAAGUUGACACUGAGCUUGACAUCAGACUUUCAGAGAUUGAACCGAGCGACCAUGGCCCUGUAGUUGCCGUCUCUUCACGCAAUGCUGCCUACGUGUUAUUCACGUCGGGGUCGACAGGCACUCCAAAGGGUCUCGUGAUGGAACAUGGAUCCGUGUGUACGUCGCAGAUCGCCAUUGCCAAAAGGCUUGGAUUGGAUUCAUCUGUUCGAAUGCUGCAGUUUGCAGCCUAUGUGUUUGAUCUGUCGAUUGGCGAGAUUAUUGGUCCGCUGAUUUCUGGUGCUUGUAUAUGUGUUCCGUCAGACGACAAUCGCCUGAACAAUAUCGGCGAUUUCAUAAGGAAGAAGGGAGUCACAUGGACUUACCUGACGCCAUCCUUUGUGCGCACAAUCAAGCCGUCUGAGGUGCCUAACCUGGAGCUUUUGCUGCUUGCUGGCGAGGCUGUACCUCGGGACGUUUUUGAAACUUGGUUUGGCAAACUGCGCUUAAUAAACGGAUGGGGGCCUGCGGAAACCUGUUGCUUUAGCACAUUGCACGAAUGGCAGUCUCUUGACGAAAGCUCUCUGACUGUCGGCCGUCCUGUGGGUGGGUUCUGUUGGAUCGUUGACCCUGAGAACCCGCACUGCCUUGCACCGACCGGUACAGUAGGCGAAGUCAUCAUACAAGGGCCUACAGUUCUUCGCGAGUAUUUGAGUGAUGCUGAGCGCACCGAGGCUGCCUUUGUUAAAUCUCUUCCUAACUGGGCUCCGUUCCAUGGAGAGACUAGUUGGAGCCGCCUAUACAAGUCGGGCGAUCUUUGCUUCUACAAUCCCGAUGGAACCAUCCAAUUCUCUAGCCGCAAAGACACACAAGUUAAAAUACGCGGUUUACGAGUUGAAUUGGGAGAAAUUGAGCAUCACAUACGGCUUGCAUUGACCGAUGUGCGUCAAAUUGCUGUUGACGUUUUCAACGGCGACAAUGGCACCAAUCUCGUCGCUUAUUUCUCGUUUUGCGACGAAACCCGACAAAUCUACGAAGCCGACGUAUCUGGACCCUUCUUGCCAGUUGAAAACGACUUGCAAUCUCGCCUAACAGCUCUUGUCGGCCAGCUUGGUGUAUCCUUGCCCAGAUACAUGAUUCCUACCAUGUUCAUUCCAUGCAAGUAUAUGCCCUCUAUUACAUCCACCAAACUUGACAGAAACGAGCUUCUACGAUGCACUGCAGCCCUUGAUCAAGCUGAAAUUGCUGCGUUUUCGCUACUUGGGAGCAAGAAGCGGGCUCCUGAAACUGAAAUGGAGAGUCUAAUGCAGGACAUCUGGUCGCAAAUCCUUUGCAUUUCAGCGGAUGCUAUUGGUCGUGAUGAUAGCUUUUUAGGCCUUGGCGGUGAUUCAAUUACUGCCAUCCGCCUAGUCAGUACCGCUCGCGAGAAAGGAAUCCAGCUUACCGCAAAAGACGUCUUUGAUGAUCCGCGUUUGCUAGCGGUUGCUACCAAGGCACAGAAUCUCAGUGCUGAAGCCCGAGAAGAGCUUGCCGAUGCCUUGCCCUUUAGCCUACUUGGAUCUCAUACAUGUGAACUUGUCGUUUCUUCCGAUACUAAGCAGCAACUCAAUCUGGGUGUAAAUGACGCUGUUGAAGAUUCAUAUCCCUGUACAAAGCUGCAGGAAGGACUUAUGGCUUUAUCAGUUACUCAACCUGGAUCCUACAUCGCAAGGUAUGUGUAUCGACUGUCUAAACAAGUUGACCUUUCGCGCUUCAAGUGUGCUUGGGAACAGACUGUUGCUUUACGGGAUACUCUGCGUACCAGAAUCAUCAUGGUCGACGAUAUAUGCGUUCAAGUAGUGACAAACGAAGGCGUUGUUUGGGAUGAUGGUGACUAUAAAGAUCUGGAUGAAGCCGCCCGUGCUACUCACUCAUACACCAUGACUUAUGGCUCGCAACUAUCUCGAUGCUCAAUUUAUGAGUCCAACGCCGGCGAGAAGUAUUUCUUAUGGACAGUUCAUCAUGCCAUUCACGAUGGCUGGUCUCUGCCCAUCAUCUUCAGCACAUUCUAUCAAGCCUACGAAGGCCUCGAAUUAGUAGCUCCCAAAGCUUAUUCAAACUUCAUCCGCUAUAUCAUGGACCUUGACCGAGACGCCGCCCGUGAUUAUUGGAGGACACAGCUUCACAACGCCAAGCGUGCCAGCUUCCCCAAGACGGACCUUGUGAAGAAAUCUACUGGAAAUGAACAGAAGACUUGUGUCUUGACCACGUCUCUCAGCUUUCCCACGUCGUCCAAUGAAACCUUUACAAAGGCUAGCGUUCUGAGAGCUGCCUGGGCUAUCGUCCUUGCAAGGUAUUGCGACAGCGAUGAUGUCUGCUUUGGUGUUACCAUCUCUGGCCGACAAGCACCUGUAUCCGGCCUUCUGGAUGUGGCUGGGCCGGUAGUCGCAACUGUCCCUGUUCAUGUUCACGUCGAGAAGGGCCAGGAAAUCUCAAAUUUUCUACAGACUAUUCAAAGCCAAGCUCAUGAAAUGGUUCCCUAUGAGCAGUACGGUCUUCAAAAUAUUUCCAAGUUGAGCGCAGACAUAAGAGAUGCCUGUGAUUUCACUUCGCUCUUGGUCAUUCAACCUGUUCAACGUUUUGCAUCUGCCGUGGCCGAUGAUGAGACUCUCUUGGCCCCUGCUCGCUCCGAGAUCAAGCACAUGGUGCAGGACUAUUUCAGCUAUCCGUUGGUAAUCCAAGGCCAUGUUUAUGACGACCGCGCCGAUCUCGUAUUAAUCUACGAUUCGACCAUUCUCUCGGAGCUACAGAUGACUGCUCUUUCUCAUCAUUUCGAUAAUGUUGUGCAGCAGCUGCUAUUGAACGAAACAGGUAAACUGGGCGAUGUUUCAGUUUCUGGCUCUUGGGAUCUUGAACUUGCACAGAUGUCUAAUGGCGACGGCCCCGAGAUUAUCGACGACUGCUUCCACUCCCUUGUACAGAGACAGGCGGAAGAGAGGCCCAAUGCAAUUGCGGUUGACGCAUGGGAUGGCAAGCUCACCUAUGGCGAAUUAGACCGCGCUACUAAUCGGCUGUCUCACCUGCUUAUCAGUCAUUACGAGGUGCAGGUUGGUGACAUAGUGCAUGUCUGUUUCGAAAAGUCUUUCCACUAUAUCGUGGCAAUCCUUGCGAUCAACAAGGCUGGUGCCGUUUGGUGUCCUCUUGAUUCUGCUCAUCCCCUCCCCCGUUUACAGGCCAUUGCUGCACAAACUAGAGCCAAAUUGGCUCUUGCUUCAACAGCCAACAGGGCGCUUUGCGAACAACUUGUUGAGAGCGUGGUUGAAGUUUCCGACUCUCUUGAGCAGACUCUCUCUGCCGAAAGCAAUGGUGACAAGAGACCCGAUAUCAAUGUCACUUCAAAUGAGGUCGCCUACAUUUUAUUUACAUCUGGCUCGACAGGCACGCCCAAGGCUAUUGUUAUGCAACAUGGAGCUCUUUGCACCAGUCAAAUGGCUAUUUGCCAGCAUCUAGGUCUUGAUCACACUGUAAGGAUGUUGCAAUUCUCAGCUUUCGUCUUUGAUGUAUCAGUUGGAGAAAUUGUGAACGCUUUGAUAAGUGGAGCCUGUAUUUGCAUUCCUUCAGAGCAAAUGCGUCUUAGUAGUCUCGAUGUGUUUGUACGCGACUUCAAUGUCACCUGGAGCUAUCUCACUCCGUCCUUUGCUCGUACAUUGAACCCUAAAGAUUACCCGGGACUUAGGCUGCUCCUUCUUAUGGGUGAAGCUACUACUCAAGACAUCCUUGAUACCUGGUAUGGCCUUCCCAACGUAAAAUUCUACAACGCUUGGGGGCCUGCAGAGACUUGUGUUCUAAAUACAGUCCACCCCUGGAAAUCUAACACCGAGUCACCCUUGACACUUGGUAAAGCGGUGAAUUCUUUUGUGUGGGUAGUUGAUGCUGAAGACCCUACGCGACUUGCUCCUACUGGUUGUGUGGGUGAAAUUGUCGUUCAAGGUCCGGCAAUGCUUAAAGAGUAUCUGGCCAAUCCUGAGAAAACCUCGGCAGCCAUUGUUACUGGACUUCCCGAGUGGGUACCGCGACGCGAAUCUCCUACCUGGGGUCGCUUCUACAGGACUGGUGAUUUGGGCUUCUACGACCACAACGGCAUACUUCACUUUGCUGCUCGAAAAGAUACGCAGGUCAAGAUUCGUGGUUUGCGUGUCGAGUUGGGCGAAGUUGAACACCAAAUUCGAGAAUCAUUACAAGGUGUGCGCCAGGUCGCUGUAGACGUGUUCAAGACCGAAAAGGGAGUAAACUUGGUUACCUACUUCUGCUUUACAGAUGGAACCAGGACUGGCCCUCAAGAUGAAGAUGUGUUUAUGCAUAUCGAUGACCAGCUGCAAGCCAAUCUCAGUGACAUGUUGGCCAAAUUAAAUCUGUCACUGCCAUCAUAUAUGAUUCCUACACUGUUCAUCCCAUGCGCUUAUAUGCCUUGGAUUACUUCUGCAAAGUUGGAUCGCGUCAAGCUUCGCCACCUUACUUCCCAGCUUAACCAAGAGCAAUUGGAAUCAUAUUCGUUGCUCAACACUCAAAAGCAGGCACCCGAGACUGAAAUGGAAAUUCGUUUGCAAAAACUCUGGGCAGAGAACCUGAAUCUCCCAGAGUCUGCAAUUGGUCGACAGGAUAAUUUCUUGCGCAUCGGUGGUGACUCUAUUGCUGCUAUCCGUCUUGUUUCAAUGGCUCGUAACGCUGGAAUUGCUCUUACAGUCAACGACAUCCUAGGCGAUGCUCGUUUGAUUGCAGUUGCAGCCAAGGCUAUCGAUAUUGACGCCAGUCGCGAUAAUUCGAUGCCACUUGAAGCCUUUAGCCUCUUAUCUGCUGGUACAGAAGACUUCAUUCUAUCCCCUACAUUCAAAGACGGGUAUGCCCUUGCCGCCGACCAGUUCAUCGAGGAUGCCUAUCCUUGUAGCAAGCUCCAGGAAGGCCUCAUGGCCCUGUCUGUUAAACAACCGGGCUCUUAUAUCGCCAAGUAUGUUUAUAAGCUCUCUAAGCACGUCGACAUCCCUCGAUUCAAGCUGGCUUGGGAACGCACUGUGGAGAUGGCUUGCAAUUUGCGUACUAGAAUCGUUCAAGCUGGAGGUUCUUCUAUCCAGAUUAUCAUUAGCAGCGAUGUUGCCUGGGAUGAAACGUAUGGUGAUUUACAGUCAUCGCUUGCUGGUGCUCAGACUAUAGAGAUGGGUUAUGGGUCUCGACUCUGCCAAUACGCUCUUAUAAACGAUUCUGACAGCACCUACUUUAUGUGGAAUGUGCAUCACGCCAUCACAGACGGCAUAUCCACUCAAAAUAUUAUGAGGACGCUUUUCAACAUUUAUAACGGUGUUGAAAUGUCACCUCUGCCGUCAUAUGCCCGUUUCAUCGAGUACACUCUCAGCUUCGAUGAAGAUGCCACUGCAAGCUACUGGAAGUCGCAACUUCGCAAUGCUCAAAAGGCAAUCUUCCCUCCUACAAGCAGUGUGUCUCAUAAUACACCUGAUGUUACUCGCAUACUCGAGACGUCAAUCGAGUUGCCAAAUGACAUGAAGAAUUCGACCAUCACAAUAGCUACAGUUGUCCGAUCAGCGUGGGCUAUUGUCCUUGCUAGAUACUGUGAUUCUGAAGAUGUGACCUUUGGUACUACAAUUUCCGGCCGUCAGGCACCGGUGCCCGAAAUCAUGGAAAUGGCUGGCCCUACAAUUGCGACUGUUCCAGUCCGUAUUUGCAUCGACCGUCGACAGCCUAUUUCUGAUUUCCUUGAAGGCGUCCAGAAGCAGACCCUAGAGAUGACUGCCUUCGAGCAGUAUGGACUUCAGAAUAUCGCCAGAUUAAGCGAGGAUAUCCGUGAUGCCUGCGACUUUGGCAGCAUCCUAGUUGUCCAGCCCAUGCAGCAUUUCAGUGGCACGAGCAGUGACGAUGAUCUUUUCCUAAGCGCUGAUGUUGGGGCUACCAGUGUCGCCGACGCUGUACAAAACUACUUUUCCUACCCGCUGGUUGUCCAAGCUCACUUAUACAAGGAUCAAGUAAAGCUUAUGCUUAUGUACGACUCCAAAGUCCUCCCAGAAGCUCAAUUGACUGCGCUCUCACAUCAGUUUGGCCAUGUUAUGACCCAGCUCAACAGCUCGAGCUCUGCUGCUCUUGAAACGGUCUCCGUCUUCUCACCCUACGAUGUACAGACAGCAAAGUCAUUCAAUGCAGCAGUUCCUGAGAUUGUUGAUUCCUGCAUGCAUGAUUUAAUUGAGAAGCAGGCCAGAUUAAACCCAUCUGCUCCAGCGGUUGCCGCUUGGGACGGAAACUUCACGUAUAGCGAGCUUAAUAAUGCUGCUAAUAAGCUGGCUCAUCAUCUUAUCAAUGUCUAUGGUGUCAAGCUCAACGACUUUGUCCACGUUUGCUUUGAGAAAUCAGCCUGGUACAUAGUCUCAAUACUUGCAAUCAGCAAGGCUGGCGCGACUUGGGUCCCGUUAGAUCCUUUCCACCCAGAACAACGGUUACGAUCAAUCGUUAGCCAGACAAAAGCCACUUUAGCCUUGGUGUCGCCAGGCAACGUGGAACUUCUUUCCGCUUUGGUUGACAGUGUUAUCGCGAUAACCGCCGAUCUAGACAUCUCCCUUCCCGAGCAAGACGGAGUUCAAAGCCCCAAUGUAUCUGUCCCAUCCCAAACAGCUGCAUAUGUCCUGUUCACGUCCGGCUCGACAGGUGUGCCAAAGGGAGUCAUUAUAGAACAUGGCUCUCUUUGCACAAGUCAAAAUGACAUUGCUAAGAGACUCCGCUAUCAUUCAAACGUGCGCAUCUUGCAGUUCUCCGCGUUUGUAUUCGACUUCUCUAUUAGUGAAAUCAUCAUGUCACUAGUUCACGGAGCAUGUGUUUGCGUUCCUUCCGAGGAGCAGCGAAUGACUGGCAUUGUUGAUUUUAUUCGCGAUAUGAAAAUCAACUGGCUGUAUCUUACGCCUUCCUUCUUACGCACAUUAAAUCCAAGCGAUGUCCCUGCUGUUGAAUUGGUUCUUAUGGGUGGCGAGGCCGUGCCACGCGAUGUGUUCAAUACCUGGAUUGGUCGCGUUCGUUUAUUCAACGCCUGGGGCCCUACAGAGUCAUGUGUUAUGGGCACCAUUCAUGAAUUUGAAUCUGCUGACGAGUCGCCCUUGACUAUCGGCUCUCCCGUUGGAGGGUUUUGCUGGAUUGUCGAUCCAGAAAAUCCACAGCUCCUUGCGCCAAUUGGAACUCUCGGUGAGGUUGUUAUUCAAGGACCGACUUUACUGCGCGAAUACCUCGAUAAUCCAGAAAAGACCCAAGAGGCAACUGUACAGACGUUGCCGGAUUGGGCCCCCUUGCCUGAUGAUAGAAACUGGAAUCGUUUUUACAAAACUGGGGACUUGUGUUCUUACAACGCUAACGGCACUAUUGAGUUUUCUUCUCGUAAGGAUACACAAACGAAGAUUCGCGGCCUGCGUGUUGAAUUAGGCGAAAUCGAGUUUCAUAUUCAGGCCUCACUGAAAGAUCUUCGCCAGACCGUUGUCGACGUUGUCCAAACCGACAACGGUUCCAAUUUGGUUGCAUACCUGUGUUUCUCCGAUGAGAUACGCCAACUUCACGAUGCCGAUGAGAAUGGCCCCUUUACUCCAAUGAGCCCAGAACUUCAAGAAGAGCUUGUUGGCGUGUACAUGCCUGCUAUUACAUCUGGCAAGCUUGAUCGAAAGGAAUUGAAAAAGCAAACCUCAGCUCUUAGCCAACAUGGCCUCACAAAGUUUUCUCUCUAUGGAGUCGACAAACGCGCCCCUGAGACCGCAAUGGAACUUGAGCUCCAGAAAAUCUGGUCAACAGUUCUUUCUACUCCUGCAGAGUUAAUUGGUCGCGAUGAUAGCUUCCUUGGCUUAGGAGGCGACUCAAUUAUGGCGAUCCAUCUAGUCAGCGCAUGUGACGAAGCCGGAAUUUCCAUUACGGUUAAAGAUAUCUUUGAUGAUCCCCGUUUAUCUGCCGUCGCGUCUCGAGCUCGCCGGCUUGAAAACAUUGAACAAGAGAUGCCAAUCGUUCCUUUCAGUCUACUGUCUAACCAUACCUACGAUCUAGCUCUCGCUACGACAGUUGGAUCUCAAUGUUCACUAUCCUCUAGCCACGACAUUGAGGAUGCCUACCCAUGUUCCAAGCUUCAAGAAGGCCUUAUGGCUUUAUCUAUUAAACAACGCGGUUCCUACGUUGCACAGUAUGUAUACAAGCUAUCCAAGAACGUCAACCUUGCCAAAUUCAAGGCCGCUUGGGAGCAAACUCUCGAGCUUUGCGCGUCGCUUCGAACCCGUAUUGUCAUGCUAGAUGGUGCCUGUGCGCAAAUCAUAGUGGCUGGACCAGCAGAGUGGGAUGAAACUUGCCCAACAGACCUGAAGGGUGCUAUAGAAGCUACCCACUCUGAGAUGACUUACGGUUCACUGCUUAAUCGUUAUGCUCUGGUCCAAGAUGCCGAAUAUGGCAAUCACUUCAUCUUGGUCACCCACCAUGCCGUCCAUGAUGGUUGGACACUUCGAAUCAUCAUGAACACGCUCUAUAGCAUAUAUCUGGACCAGAAGCUUCCCUCGCUUACUCCAUAUUCUGCUUUUAUUCGUUACACGCUCAACAUUAACUCUGAAGAAGCCAGUAGUUUCUGGAACGAGCAGCUGAGAAAUGCUAAACGUGCUACGUAUCCGCCAAUGCCUCGAAUUGAGACUCACACUGGUAUCACUCGCAUGAUGAGCAAGACGAUUUCUUUCCCUCCAACUACAAAGACUAUUACCACAAAGGCCACUAUCCUUCGCGCUGCAUGGGCAAUUCUGCUGGCACGUUAUUGCGAUUCUGACGAUAUCACUUUUGGAACUACUAUUUCCGGCCGACAAGCUCAUGUGCGUGGAAUCACGGAAAUGCCAGGCCCAGCAGUUGCUACCGUUCCAAUUCGUGUGCGCGUUGAUGCUACUAAGCCAGUUUCCCGCUUCCUCAGUGAUAUACAGUCACAGGCAACCGACAUGAUUGCGUUCGAACAAUUCGGUCUUCAGAAUAUCACAAAAUUGAGUGCUGAUGCAAAAGACGCCUGUGAAUUCUCUUCCCUUCUUGUUAUUCAGCCUCGAACGCAUUUGGAUUCGAUCGAUGGCAAAGAUUCCUCUGAACCCCUGAUGGCUCUAUCUGUGGAGGCCCGAAAUGCCGAGCAGUUGAUGCAGAACUAUUUUACCUACCCUCUAGUUAUCCAGGGCCACGUUUUUGACGAUUCCAUCCAAUUACUCCUGACCUAUGACUCGACAAUCUUGUCAGAGAUUGAAAUGGAAGCCCUUUCUCAUCAAUUCGACACCGUCGCCAAGCAGCUAGUUACUGAAUCUGAUGAUCCAAUUAGUUCUGUCGCGGUUGCCGGCGAAUGGGACCUUGAACAGGCCAAAAAGUGGAAUACUGAAAAUCCCGAACUUUUGGAUACUUGUAUUCACAGCCUCGUCGAGAAACAAUCGUUGGUCCGACCAAAUGCGCCCGCUGUGUGUGCUUGGGAUGGUGAGAUGACCUAUAGCGAGCUCAACAACGCUGCAAACAAGCUCGCUCAUCAUAUCGUCAAGGCAGGCGUCAGGUCCAACGACUUGGUGCACGUCUGCUUCGAAAAAUCACUUUGGUUCUUCGUCUCUAUUCUCGCGAUCAAUAAAGCAGGUGCAGCUUGGGUUCCCCUUGAUCCCUCUCAUCCCAAGCAACGUCUGCACCAAGUUGCGGCUCAGACAAUGGCCAAGCUAGCACUCUCGUCUCCUACCAAUGCAGCUCUGUGCAGAGACAUUGUGGGAGCCGUUAUCGAAGUCAACCACAGCCUCAUUCAUGAGCUUUCAGAGACGUAUGAUGGUGUUCAAGGGCCUACUAUCAACGUACCCUCAAGCAAUGCUGCUUACGUUCUCUUCACGUCGGGAUCGACAGGUACUCCCAAAGGUCUCGUCAUGCAGCACCGCGCUGUCUGCACAAGCCAAACUGCCAUUGCUCAGAGACUGCAUCUUACCGAGGAUGUCAGAAUCCUUCAGUUUGCCGCCUACGUCUUUGACCUGUCCAUUGGCGAGAUUGUAGGACCGCUGAUCCACGGAGCCUGUAUAUGCGUGCCGUCAGAAGAGAUGAGGUUCAAUGGCUUAAAGGAAUUUAUCCAAGACAAGGCUGUUAACUGGGCGUUCCUUACGCCUUCGUUCGUUCGAACGCUCAAGCCUGAAGACAUUCCCAGUAUUGAGCUGUUACUUUUAGCUGGUGAAGCUGUUGGUAGAGAUAUUCUGAGCAUGUGGUUUGGUAAGGUACGCCUUAUCAAUGGCUGGGGCCCAGCUGAAACUUGUGUUUUUUCCACUUUGCACGAAUGGACUUCUAUCAACGAGUCUCCUUUAACCGUCGGCAAGCCUGUUGGCGGGCACUGCUGGAUCGUUGAUAGCGAAGACUCUAGCAAAUUAGCACCGAUUGGUUGCUUGGGUGAAGUCGUUCUGCAAGGGCCUACCUUACUCCAAGAAUAUCUCGCUGAUCCACAAAGGAGUAAAGACGCAAUCAUCACCUCGCUGCCCGCCUGGGCACCGAAGCAAGACUCUCAACCAUGGAGCCGCUUUUACAAGUCAGGGGAUUUGUGUUUCUAUAACCCCGACGGGACAAUUGAGUUUUCAUCUCGCAAGGACACGCAGGUUAAAAUUCGUGGUCUUCGUGUUGAAUUAGGCGACGUUGAGCACCAUAUUCGCAAAUGCCUGGACGGCGUUCGCCAAGUUGCCGUUGAUGUUCUCAGAUCAGAAACAGGAACCAACUUGGUUUCGUAUCUCUGCUUCAACGACGAUUCCCAGCCUGGUUCAUUGGACACAAAAGCUAGCGACAUCUAUUUGCCCCUUGAUUCUGAUGUUCAGUCUCGCAUUACUGCGAUGAUUGGUGAACUUAACGUGAACCUGCCUCGUUACAUGAUUCCCACGCUAUUUAUUCCUUGCAAAUUCAUGCCAGUCAUCACUUCGACCAAGUUAGACAGGAAGACGCUGAAAGCAAUGACAGCCUCGCUUGACCGGGAUCAAUUAGCACUGUAUUCGCUUAUUGAUAGCAAAAAGCGUGCCCCCGAGACUCCAAUGGAAGUAUGCCUCCAAGCUAUCUGGGCUGAAAUCCUCAAUCUCCCUGUCGAGUCCAUCGGCCGCGAUGAUGGCUUCCUCCAGAUUGGUGGAGAUUCUAUCACUGCAAUCCACCUAGUGUCAAAGGCCCGUGAAGCCGGUGUAUCAAUUCUCGUCAAAGACGUGUUCACCGACUCUCGUCUCCUCGCCGUGGCUUCUAAAGCCGUCCUCUGUGACACAACUCAGCAGCAACAGGAAGCGGCCGCUCCUUUCAGCCUCUUAAAUGAGCAAGUUCGAGCUCUAGUGCUUGGCGGUGACGUUCGCAAGUCAUGCGGCCUUUCCAACGACCAAACUAUCGAUGAUGCCUACCCUUGUACUUCCCUACAGGAGGGCCUCAUGGCAUUAACUGUGAAGCAGCCGGGAUCUUAUGUUGCCACGUAUACUUACAAGCUGGCCUCCUUUGUCGAUGUAGAACGGUUCAAAGCUGCAUGGAGCCGCACCAUUGAACUGUGCGGCAACAUGCGUACGAGAAUCGCUCUGGUCAACGGCACGCCAAUCCAGCUACUGCUCAAGGAAGACAACCAGUGGCAGUCAAUGGAGAAUGAAACGCUAGCCUCGGUCACAAAAUCCCCUCGAAACUUGCUUGUUGGCUAUGGAACCCCUCUCUGUUGGUAUGGCAUUCUUACGGAGAAGAAUGACCGAUACCUUGUGUGGUCAGCCCACCACUCCAUCUACGACGGCUGGGUCAUGCGUAUCUUGUUGACAACCCUAUACAGUGCCUACCAUGGCGCUGACAUGACAACGCUGUAUCCCUACUCUGGGUUCAUCAAGUAUAGCAUGGAGCUGGAUAGCACUACUUCUGCCAACUUCUGGCGCGAACAACUAUCUGGUUCUAAGAGAGCAGCUUUCCCGGCUCGCCAGUCCCCUACUAGCUCAAAAUCGUCAACCCGAGUCUUCAAAUCCACUGUCAAGAUUGGACAGCCCAGCCAAAGUACUAUUACAAGGGCCUCUAUUCUGAGGGCUGCUUGGGCCAUUGUCCUUGCUCGUUAUUGUGACACUGAAGACGUGAGCUUCGGAACAACUGUCUCUGGGCGCCAUGCUCCUGUGGCUGGUCUCGAAACUAUGCCAGGCCCAAUGAUUGCGACAGUUCCUGUCCGCAUUCGAAUGGAUCGUACUACUACCAAGGCUCAAUUCCUCACCGACGUUCAAAACCAAGCCCAUGAGAUGGUAGCCUAUGAACAGUUCGGUCUUCAAAACAUCUCUAAGCUGAGCCAAGAUGCCAAAGAUACCUGCGAUUUUUCGAGUCUGCUCGUCAUUCAACCUCCUGCUCAGAGCCUCUCGGAGGAUGAGCUGGAAGGCAGCAUCUUAGUCUAUGGCAGCGAAGAGCAGAAUAAUACGGAAGAUGCCAUGCAGGAUUACUUCAACUAUCCCCUGGUGAUCAUAAUGAACACUUUCAAUGAUCACAUUACGCAACGCUUCUUCUAUAAUACCGACAUCUUGACCGAGGAUCGCGUCUCUGCCUUAUCGCAGCAUAUUAGCCACGUUGUAGAGCAGCUGUCGGAUAACGGCGAUGGGAACCUUGAUAACAUUGAUCUUGUGGGCGAGUGGGAUAUCCAGCAUGCUCUAGAAUCCACUCGACUUAAGCCAUCCACAGACGCUUGUACGCACUGGCUUAUCCAGGACCGUAUCAAGGCGCAGCCUAACGAACCCGCGAUCUCAUCUUGGGACGGAAACCUCACCUACGCCGAACUAGGUACUCUUGCAAACCGUUUGGCAUGGAAACUUCAAGACCUUGGAGUCGGACCUGAAUCGCUCAUUCCACUGUGCUUCCCCAAAUCUACAUGGGCUGUUGUGGCAAUGGUCGCCAUUGUCAUGGCUGGAGGUGCUUUUGUUCCUCUUGACCCUAACGCACCAGCUGCUCGUCUUCAAGGCCUUGUUGAGGAUACAAAGGCAGCUUUGGCAGUUGCCAGCCCAUCGUGUCAAGAUGCCCUCCGUGAUGUUGGUAUCGACGUAUUCGUUGUCGAUGAGGCUCUAUUACUUGAGCUUUCAGACCCUGUGUCGGCAGUCACGUCUUCAGUACAACCAGACAAUGCAAGCGUCGUCCUCUUCACAUCAGGAUCGACCGGCAAACCCAAGGGCAUGGUGAUUCAGCAUAACAGCUUGUGUUCAUCCGGAAAUGCUUAUGGUACGGACCUUAACAUCGGACCGGGCACGCGUGUGUUCCAAUUUUCUGCUUAUACAUUCGACGUCGGUGUCCUUGACUGUCUUGUUUCCCUUAUGCGAGGCGCAACUAUUUGCAUUCCAUCAGACCAUGCACGCCUCAAUGACCUAGCGGGUGCUAUGACUGCAACCAAGGCCAACUGGGUGUUCCUUACACCUACUGUUGCAGAUCUUCUUUCACCGGCCGACGUUCCACAUCUCAAGGUUCUCUGUUUAGGUGGUGAAGCUAUUAGUAAGAAAUGCGCAGAACGCUGGACUAACUACACCGAAGUUCACGGUCUAUAUGGCCCCGCCGAAGCAUCUAUAUGCGCCUGGAAUCCUUGUGUUGGUAGAUCUGGCCUCUCAACUAAUAUUGGACGACCUACGUCCUCGGCCUUUUGGGUAGUUGAACCCAGUGACAGUAAGCAACUUGUCCCCGUGGGCUGCAUUGGCGAGCUUCUCAUUGAAGGCCCGAUGCUUGCUCGAGGAUAUCUAAAUGUUAGCGCUGAAGUUGCUUCGAACUGGAUGGAAAACGUGGACUGGCUCCCAGGUAUAGAUGUUAAGAGAGUCUACAAAACCGGCGACUUGGUUCGACGCAACGCCGAUGGCACUUUUGACUUCGUUGGUCGAAAAGACACGCAAGUUAAGCUCCAUGGUCAGCGUGUUGAACUUGGCGAGAUUGAGACUCGUAUUCACGAGUUUCUCCCAACCGAUAUGGCAGCCAUAGUGGCCAUUGUUAAAGAUGAGCAUGAACACGACAAUCUGUUCGCCUUCCUUUGGUACACUGAAGGUGCCGCCGCCUCUAGAUCUGCUGCCUCUUUGAUGGAGGCAAUCACUGAUCAGGCUCGUGCCGUAAUUUCUCACGUUGACUCUUCUCUGGGUCUGGUACUGCCGUCAUAUAUGAUUCCAUCAUCCUACCUAAUUUUCGAGGGUACGCCUGAGCAGACAGUGAAUGGAAAGGUCAACCGUCGUGCGCUACUUGCCCACGCUCAAAAUUUAUCGACUCAAGAUCGUCUGCUCUUCGCACCCAAGAUUGGCGAGAAUGAACCACCAACUACACCCAUGGAAUUCAAGCUCAGAGACCUUUGGGCCCAAGUCCUUCACAUUGAUGUCCAGUCGAUUGGCAAGAAUGAUAGCUUUUUGCGCAUUGGAGGUGACUCCAUCAGUGCCAUUCAGCUGGUGUCUGUGGCUCAGCAGAAUAACAUUGGUCUCACAGUCGCUACUAUUUUCAAUGAUCCCCGUCUAUCUCAGAUGGCGGAGGCUGCCAAUGUUGAUGAAAUCAUGCCAUCUUACGAGACCAAGCCUUUCAGCAUUAUUCCUGCCUCCAUCAUGGAUCAUGUUCUUACCGAAGUGCGAUCCCAGUGCGAUUUGCCUGAGUCUGCAAUCAUCGAGGAUGCAUAUCCAUGUACGCGCCUUCAAGAAGGCCUGAUGAUACUAGCAGUCAAGCAACCGGGGUCAUAUGUUGCCAAACAUGUCUAUCGUCUUGCAGCUAGCGUCGACAUAGAACGCUUCAAACACGCUUGGGAUCAGACUGUUGAGGCUUGUGCAGCCCUGAGAACACGAUUUGUUCUUGUUGGUGACAGCAUUUUCCAGGCCGUCAUUCAAGAUUCAGUUCCCUGGCAAGUUUCUUCCGAUCUCCGGUCAUUUACCAUGUCCAUGGAAAAUUCUCACAUGGGAUACGGUACUCCUCUUUGUAAAUUCGCAAUCAUUGAGCAGGACGACGAGAAAUACUUUGCAUGGAAUAUCCACCACACAAUUUUUGAUGGAUGGACUCUCCCAUUGAUAAUGGGCACUCUCCAUGCCUUCUACCACGGCAGUGAGAUUCCAUCGCUCCUCUCAUAUUCCGGCUUUGUGAAAUACGUGGAAGAUAUGGAUUAUGCCGCUGCUAGUGAGUACUGGACUCAACAAUUAGACGGUGCUAAGAAAGCAACAUUCCCUCUCGGCAAUGAAACGGCCAAGAGCAAAAGGUCGGAGGCGUCAACUCGCAUCAUGCACAGCGCGAUUCAAUUCCCUCGCUCUACUAGUACUUCAGUUACUAAAGCCUCGAUCCUCCGAGCAGCAUGGGCCGUUGUGCUUGCACGAUAUAACGAGUCUGACAGUGUUUGCUUUGGAACUACGGUUUCUGGCCGCCACGCCCCUGUUCCCGGCCUCGAACGAAUGCCUGGUCUUGUAGUCGCGACUGUCCCAGUUCACGUAAAACUGGACCAAAAUCAGUCUUUGAGCAGCUUUUUAGAGGGGAUUCAAUCACAAGCGUCUCAAAUGGUUGCUUAUGAACAAUUUGGCAUCCAAAACAUUUCGAAACUAAAUGCUCAAGCCAGAGAGGCUUGUGACUUUGCUAGUUUAUUGGUUGUGCAGCCUACCCAGCACAUCACUUCGACUUCGAGCGAGGAAGAAGAGGCUAUACUAACGGCUACAAUAACAGAUGACAUUGAAUCUGAUGAAUUGCUGGAAAACUACUUCAACUAUCCCUUGGUUUUACAGUGCCAUUUACUGGAUGAUUGCGUCAAUCUUGUCUUUGUUUACGAUGAUGGUCUUAUUGCUGAGCACCAGCUAGUCGGCCUUUCUCACCAGUUUGAACAUGUUGUUACCCAAUUACUUGCUCAAGACGAUAGCCCUCUAUCCACAAUCUCAAUGGCAAGUGAAUGGGAUCUCGAAUUCGCGUCUGCAUCAAACAGCAUUGAGCCUGAUGUUGUAGAAGACUGCAUUCACAACUUGAUUGAGCGGCAAGCUCUACUCAGCCCAGAUGCUCCAGCUAUUAAUGCCUGGGAUGCCGAUUUCACCUACUCUGAGCUGGACUGUGCCGCCAAUAGAUUGGCAAAUUACCUUAUUCAGUCUAUGGACGUGAAAGUGGGUGACUUUGUUCAUGUGUGCUUUGAGAAAUCGGCCUGGCACAUAGUCUCAAUUCUGGCCAUUAACAAAGCUGGCGCAGCUUGGAUACCUCUCGACCCUUCGCAUCCCACUGAGCGCCACCAACAAGUUGUCGGUCAAACUGGCUCCUCGUUAGCUCUUACUUCACCAGCCAAUGCUUCCAAGUGUGCUGCCCUAGUGACUCAUGUCCUAGAAGUUACGCAAGAGCUCGACGACAGACUUGUCGCUGAUAUACGUAUCAACGACACAAGUCCAGCCACCAGUGUUACUCCUCAGGAUAUUGCUUAUAUCAUUUUUACGUCUGGCUCGACCGGCGUUCCCAAGGGUGUUAUCAUUGAGCACAUGACCCUCUGUAGCAGUCAGACCUCUGCUAGUAAAAGGCUUGGCUACACUCCUGGCGUUCGAAUGCUUCAAUUCGCCUCAUUUGUCUUUGACGCAUGCAUUGCGGAAAUACUUACGACGCUAAUUUCAGGAGCCUGUGUGUGUGUCCCAUCUUGGGAGAUGCAGAUGAAAGUUCCUUGUUUAGAGCUUUUGGUCCUAGUUGGCGAAGCUGUUAGUCGCGAUGUCUUUGAGCUUUGGUUUGGCAAGCUUCGUCUGUUCAAUGGAUGGGGUCCUACUGAGACUUGCGUCUUUGGCGCCGUACAUGAAUGGAAGUCUGUCCAGGAAUCCCAGCUAACAAUUGGUACGCCGAUCGGCGGCUACUGCUGGCUUGUUGACCCCGAAAAUCCACAGAAGUUAGCUCCGACAGGCACACUCGGCGAGGUUGUCAUUCAGGGGCCUAAUUUAUUCCGCGGGUACCUAUCCGAUGAAGAGAAGACAGCCUCCUCAAUUGUCACUUCUCUACCCCAAUGGGCGCCUAAUCGCCACUGGAGCCGAUUUUAUAAGACAGGAGAUCUGGCCAUUUACAACGCCGAUGGAACUCUCCAGUAUUAUAGCCGCAAGGACACACAGGUCAAAAUCCGUGGCCUUCGCGUGGAAUUGGGCGAAAUCGAAUAUCAUGUUCGUGAAAGCCUUGAAGGCGUCCAGCAAGUCGCUGUUGAUGUAUUCAAGACCGAGGCCGGCGCCAAUCUUGUUUCGUUCAUUUGCUUCAACAACGAUACUCUUCCUGCUAGCACCACUGGUGAUAUGACCAGCGAAGAUGUCAUCUUGCCACUCACAGCUGAUAUAAAAAACAGUAUCAAUGACCUACAAGGCCGUCUCAAUACUGCCUUACCUGGUUAUAUGAUUCCUACACUGUUUGUUCCUUGCAAGGCCAUGCCACUUGUUACCUCUGGUAAACUUGAUAGGAAGCUUUUACUAAAUCUCACCGCGUCUUUAUCAAAAGAGCACCUUGAGAAAUAUGCACUCUCUGAUGGCGAGAAGAGACAGCCAGAGACGGAGAUGGAAUACCGUGUACGUGAGCUUUGGGCUUCUCUUUUGAGUGUGCCUCCCGCCACUAUUGGUCGCGAUGAUAACUUCUUGAGAAUUGGCGGUGACUCUAUAGCUGCAAUUCGGCUUAUGAACAUUGCGCGUGAUCAUGGUAUUUCCCUCAGUGUCAAUGAUAUAUUCAACGAUGCUCGACUCCUCGCUGUUGCUGCCAAGGCUAUCGAUAUAGACGGCGACGCGGAAGAGAUGAAGCCCAUUGAAUCGUUUAGUCUUCUCGAUCAAGACCGCGUAACCAUGGUUCAUAACACCUCCGAGCUUCAACUCCCCACUGGAAUGGAGAUUGAAGACGCCUUCCCAUGCUCCAAGCUUCAGGAAGGCUUAAUGGCUUUAGCUGUAAAGCAGCCUGGAUCUUACAUUACCAAAUAUCACUACCGCCUGCCGGCGCAUGUUGAUGUUUCCAGGUUCAAGCGAGCAUGGGAGCGAACAGUGGAACUAUGUGCUAACAUGCGCACUCGCAUUAUCAACGUUGGCGGUAUGACGGUCCAGGUAGUCAUCAAGAACGAUGUUGUUUGGGAAGACACCCAUAACAUGAGCCUUGCAUCCUAUCUUCGCGCUCCCCAAGUUACUGACAUGACCUAUGGUUCUCGCCUUUGUCGAUAUGCAUUGAUUGAAGAGACAGGCCAAGACGUUCAAUUUGUAUGGAACAUUCAUCAUGCCGUUUUUGAUGGCUGGUCGACGCCCAUUAUUCUGAGGACUUUAUACAGUGCCUAUCAAGGCACUGAGCUGCCCAAGAUCGAGAAUUAUGCCAGGUUCAUCAAGUAUACGAUGGGUAUCAGCCAUGAAGAGGCCAGCGAGUACUGGAUGAGAGAGCUCCACGAUGUCAAGAAAGCAACUUUCCCUCUGUCUGUCUCCACCGGGAUGGCUGACAAGGGGACUAUCACGCGCUUUAUGGAAACUCGAAUCGAUCUACCACAGAAUAGCGUGGGAGUCACGAAAGCAACAAUCCUUCGCGCAGCAUGGGCAGUGGUUCUUGCGCGCUACUGUGAUACCGAUGAUGUCUGCUUCGGUACGACAAUCUCGGGUAGACAGGCGCCUGUCCCUGGGCUGACGGAGAUGCCUGGCCCAGUUAUCGCAACUGUGCCGAUUCGAGUCCGUUUGGAUCGACAGAAAUCCAUGGACCAGCUGCUUCAAGAUGUUCAAGACCAAGCUACUCAAAUGGUUGCUUAUGAACAAUUCGGGCUUCAAGGUAUAGGCAAAUUAAGUGCUGACGCUAAAGAGGCUUGUGAUUUCUCAUCGCUUCUUGUUAUUCAGCCCGUGCAAACUUUGAUGCAUAACGAUGAUGGUGAAGACGCCUUGUUGGCGGCACCCGGUUCUGUGGGCGAGACGACAGAAGAAUCGAUGCAAAACUAUUUCUCGUAUCCGUUGGUUAUUCAAGGGCAUUUGCAUGAUGGCUUUAUCAAUCUUGUAUUGAUUUACAAUUCUCGCAUUCUACCCGACUCACAGCUUGUGGCGCUCUCACAGCAGUUCAAAAAUACGGUUGAACAGCUUGUCUCCCAGCCUCAGCUAAGACUUGAGUCUCUGUCCAUCACUUCAGACUGGGACGUCAGCCAAUCCCUCAAAUUCAACCCCGAGGUCCCUGAAAUAAUCGACUCAUGUGUCCAUGAACUUAUUGAGGCGCAGGCCAAAAUUCGUCCCGGUGCUGUCGCAAUUAACGCCUGGGAUGCCAAAUUAACUUAUGCCGAACUCAACUGCGCUGCCAAUCGCCUUGCCAAUCAUCUUGUGACCGUAUGCAAACUCGGCGUUGGAGACUUGGUUCACGUGUGCUUCGAAAAGUCAGCGUGGUUCUUUGUGUCUAUUCUCGCAAUCAACAAAGCUGGUGCUGCUUGGGUUCCCCUAGACCCUUCUCACCCAGAAAAGAGGCUCCGGCAAGUCGUAUCCCAAACAGGUGCCAAGAUCGCACUGGCUUCACCCGAUAAUACCACCCUGUGUGCAGCCUUAGUUGAGUCUGUUAUAACUGUCAACUCGAAGCUUGAUCUGGAGCUAUCCAAGGUCAAGAAGUACAGCCAGAAAGGCCCAGUGACUACUGUGUCUCCCGAAAGUCCUGUUUACGUUCUAUUUACUUCCGGGUCGACUGGAACGCCAAAGGGCUUGGUUAUGCAGCACAAAUCUGUAUGCACGUCACAAACCGCUAUAGUCAAGAGGCUUGGCCUAAGCCCAGAUGUACGCAUGUUGCAAUUUGCGGCUUUCGUAUUCGAUCUUUCCAUUGGUGAGAUCAUUGCACCCUUGAUUACUGGUGCAUGCUUGUGUAUACCGUCAGAUCACACUCGGAUGAAUGGGCUUGUGCAGUUUAUUCGAGAAACAGACGUCAACUGGGCCUUCUUUACACCUUCGUUUAUCCGUACGCUAAGUCCGUCAGAGGUUCCAAGCCUUGAACUUAUCCUACUAGCAGGCGAGGCUGUCCCUCGAGACGUUCUUACCACUUGGUUCGGUAAAGUCCGUCUAGUCAACGGAUGGGGACCAGCUGAGACCUGUGUAUUCUCAACUCUCCACGAGUGGCAAUCAGUCGACGAAUCACCUCUUACAGUUGGUAAGCCCGUCGGUGGCUUCUGUUGGAUCGUCGAGCCCGAGCAUCCCGAUCGCUUGGCUCCUAUCGGAACACUAGGAGAGGUUGUCAUUCAAGGCCCAACCUUAUUACGAGAGUAUCUAGCGGAUCCUGAACGAACUCAAGCUUCUGUCUUGGAUGAUCUCCCUCAGUGGGCCCUUCGUUCUCGCCCUGAUUCCAAGCACUGGAACAAGUUUUACAAGUCGGGAGAUCUUUGCUACUAUAACCAAGAUGGUACGAUUGAGUUUUCUACUCGUAAAGACACGCAAAUCAAGAUACGCGGCUUGCGUGUCGAGUUGGGUGAAGUUCAGCAUCACGUCCAAAAAGCACUCGCUGAAGCACGACAAGUCGCUAUUGACGUAUACAAAGGCGAAAAUGGAACGAACCUCGUUGCAUAUUUCUGUCUUAGUGAUGAGACUCGAACUGCAGGUAGUGACGAUGCUACUUCGACGGGGCCAUUCUUACCGCUCGAUGAAGAUUUGCAAUCCCAUCUCGUAGCUGCCAUUAGCCAACUCAGCAUUUCCCUGCCACGCUACAUGAUUCCUACAAUGUUCAUCCUCUGCAGUUAUAUGCCCUUCAUUACCUCGACAAAGCUUGAUCGCAAUGAACUGAAGAAGCUCACUAGCUGCCUGGAUAAGGAUCAAAUUGCUCAAUAUUCUCUCCUCAGUAGCAAGAAGCGUUCGCCAGAAACCCCCAUGGAGGUCUUUUUCCAGAAGCUUUGGUCUGAGCUGCUUGGAAUAUCGAUUGAGUCCAUUGGUUGUGACGAUAGCUUCCUGGGCUUAGGUGGCGAUUCCAUUACUGCAAUUCACAUGGUCAGCGCGGCUCGCGAAUUGGGCAUUACGCUUGCUGUCAAAGAAAUCUUUGACGACCCUCGCCUAUUCGCUGUUGCCAGCAAGGCUCGUAAUGUUGGAACAGAUGAGCAAGCUUCUGACUUUGAUGCCACCCCAUUCUGCAUGCUUGAUACUUCCAUGUUCCAGCUUGCUCUCAGUGAUGACGUUCGAAGCCUCUGCAAGCUGGCCGCUAACGAGGAAGUGGAGGACGCCUAUCCCACAACCAUGUUCCAGGAGGGAAUGAUGGCUCUUUCUGUCAAACAGCCGGGCUCAUAUAUUGCCAAAUACGCCUAUAGACUGUCAGAUGACGCCGACAUUGGUCGCUUCAAAGCAGCCUGGGAAUACACCGUUGCCCUGUGCCCUACCAUGCGCACGAGGAUUGUUUUACUUGAUGGCAAUUGCACUCAGAUAGUCAUCAAAGAAAACGCCGAGUGGUCUUCGGAUCAUGUAAAUGUACGGGCCGCUAGACAAGCUAUCCAGGGUACCGAAAUGACCUAUGGCUCUCGCCUUUCACAGUCGGCUUUGGUGAGUGGCGAUGAUGGAGCCAACUACUUUUUCUGGACAGUGCAUCACGCAGUGCACGAUGGCUGGACCGUCCGUCUUAUCAUGACCACUCUUCAAAACGCAUAUUAUCAGUCCGAGUUGCCCUCUCUGAAGCCAUAUUCUGGUUUCAUCAACUAUGUUGCAAGCAUAAAGAAUCAAGAUACUAUUGAUUACUGGACCCAGCAGCUCCAAGGCGCCCAAAAGGCAUCUUAUCCUCCUACUGCGUCUGCGUCUGCAUCGGAGGGCGCUAUACGAAUAACCACCAAGACUAUCCAAGUUCCCGCUUCAGCUGAUCCUGCCAUCACAAAAGCUACCAUCAUCCGGGCCGCUUGGGCGAUUCUGCUUGCUCGCUAUUGUGAUUCCGACGAUGUAACCUUUGGCACAUCGAUUUCUGGAAGACAGGCUCCGAUUUCAGGUCUUAUGGAUAUGGCGGGGCCCGUAAUCGCAACUGUCCCCGUCCGUGUACGCCUGGAUCGGACACAGACUAUCAGCAGUUAUCUCCAAAGUAUCCAAAAUCAGGCUCAUGAGAUGGUUCCGUACGAGCAAUACGGCUUGACAAACAUUGGAAAGAUUAAUGCCGACUUUAAGGAAGCGUGUGAUUUUACGAGCUUGUUGGUUGUACAGCCCCGAGCACACUUAGACUCACGCAAUAAGUCCAUGUCUGCUGAGAAUGAAGUGUCGUCAGGCACUCUGCUCAUGCCCACUGAUAUCGAAGGCAGCUCGGCUGAAGACUUGAUGCAGGGAUAUUUCACUUAUCCUCUUGUUAUCCAAGGCCACCUUUUCAGCAAUUCGAUUGAGCUGUUCAUCACAUAUGACUCUUCUGUGCUCUCUGAGUUCGCCAUAGAGGCCAUAGGCCAUCAAUUCAGCCAUGUGGCUUCCCAGCUCUUUGCGGGUGGCGAACUUACCCUAGGAGAUCUGACAAUUGCUUCCGACUGGGACCUUCAACGUGCCACUGAGUUCAAUCACGAAAUCCCCGAGAUAGUAGACGCCUGCGUCCAUCACAUCAUUGAAGCGCGUGCCAAGGAAGCUCCUAAUUCGCCAGCCAUCUGGUCAUGGGAUGGUGAAUUGACCUACGGACAGCUUAACGAGUUGGCCAAUAUCCUAGCUCACCAUCUGAUCGCCGCCUAUGAUGUCCAGAUUGAAGACCUUAUCCACGUCUGCUUCGAAAAGUCGCUUUGGUACUGGGUAGCCGUUCUUGCUAUCAACAAAGCCGGCGCUGUCUGGAUUCCUCUUGACCCGUCCCAUCCUGAGCAACGCAUUCGUCAAGUCGUCUCACGAACCCGUUCAAAGUUGGCGCUCGUAUCUGACACUACAAAACAUGUGGUCUCUGGUAUUAUUGAUCGAGUGAUUGAGAUUUCUCCGACACUAUACGAACACCUGGAUUCCCGCCUUGGAGCAGAGGAGCCACAGGUCCCAGUACUGCCUCACAAUACCAUUUACGUGAUAUUCACGUCCGGCUCCACGGGUACGCCCAAGGGGGUAGUCCAGACACAUGGCAACGUUGCAACUAGUCUGACUGCUCUCACAAAGAGGAUGGAAGUGGAUUCAAGAGCGCGGAUUCUCCAAUUUUCUUCAUACGUGUUCGAUAUGUCUGUUGGCGAAGGAUUCCUCUAUCUUAUGGCCGGUGCUUGUGUCUUCAUUCCUUCGGAAGAUACCAGAAUGGACGGCCUGAAGGAAUUCAUCAAUGAGCACAAAAUAAACAGCGUCUGGCUAACGCCAUCUUUUGUGCAGACUAUGACUCCAGAGGAGGUACCGUCAAUCGAUUUCAUGAUGGUGGGCGGCGAAGCUGUUCCUCGCGACAUCAUCACCACAUGGGGUGAAAAGAUUCGUUUAUUCGAAGGCUGGGGUCCCACUGAGAUUUGCGUUAUCAGCUCGUUGCAUGAUGUUACAUCUAUUAAUGCGUCUUCGUCAAAUAUUGGUCAGCCGGUGGGAGGUCAUUGCUGGAUCGUGGAACCUGACAAUCCUUACAGGCUUGCCCCCAUUGGCACCAUAGGUGAAAUUGUCAUACAAUGUCCAGCAAUCUUCCGAGAAUAUUUCGACGACGUUGAGCGUACCAACGCUGCCAUCGUAUACGACUUGCCUGCUUGGGCUCCUCGCCGCGAUGAGCCUCACUGGUCUCGUUUCUACAAAUCUGGAGAUUUAGCUUCGUAUAAUCCUGACGGCACUAUUGAGUUCGCUAGUAGGAAAGAUACCCAAGUGAAGAUUCGUGGUCUUCGAGUGGAAUUAGGAGAUAUUGAGCACCAUGUUCGCAGUAAUCUCAAAUGCGCUCGUCAAGUUGCGGUUGAUGUUUUCAAGACCGAUGUCAGCACAAGACUGGUUGUUUAUUUCUGUCUCUCGGACGAUGUCAACAACUUUCAUUCUGAUGAGGGCAUCUUCCUCCCUAUGUCCGAAGAGCUUGAAAAACACCUUGCCGAUAUGGUUAGUCAGCUCACUGUUUCGCUGCCUCGCUACAUGGUGCCUUCAUUCUUCGUCCCUUGCCGCUACAUGCCCAUCGUCACUUCUGGUAAGCUGGAUAGGAACAAGUUGAAGAAACUUGUUUCUGGACUCAGCCAAGAGGAUUAUGGCGCUUACUCUUUACGCGAUGGUAACAAACGUAUGCCUGAGACUGAAAUGGAGAGACGCCUGCAAGAACUGUGGUCUGUCAUAUUACAUAUGCCGAAAGAAGAUAUCGGAUGCGAUGACAACUUCUUACAAAUUGGCGGCGACUCUAUUGCUGCUAUCCAGCUCGUUACCAAAGCCCGUGAGGCCGGCAUCUCAAUCGCUGUCAAAGAUAUAUUCAAUGAUCCUCGUCUCUCGAAACUUGCUCUAGUAGCGAAUAACUCUAGCGACACAAGUUCAUUGCUCGUUGCGCCUUUCAGUUUGCUCAACGAAUCUAUUUCCAAGGCUGAUAUCAUGGAUGUGGUUAGAGAAGAGUGUAAUCUUGCUGGAGAUGAUCUAAUAGAUGAUGCCUACCCUUGUACACAGCUACAAGAAGGACUUAUGGCUCUCGCAAUCAAGCAACCCGGAUCGUAUGUUGUUAAAAACGUCUAUCAACUUCCUGAUCACGUUGAUGUGAAGAGAUUCCGUGCUGCCUGGGAGCUUACUGUCAAGAGUUGCACCAAUCUCCGCACCCGCAUCAUUCUCGUCAACGGCGUCGCCAUUCAAGCCAUUCUUAACGAUGACAUUGCUUGGGAUGAUACUACUAAUGUUUCGCUUGAGGCCUAUGCUCGCGCUACACUUCAUCUUGAAAUGGGUUAUGCCCAGCGCCUUUACCGCUAUGCUAUCAUCGAAGAAGAAAGCGGAACCUAUUUUGCAUUUAACAUUCACCAUACAGUCUUCGACGGCUGGUCUCUUCCUUUACUGAUGAGCACACUAUCUGCGGCGUAUUAUGAGCUUGAGCUGCCUUCUCUGCAGUCUUAUUCUGCAUUUAUCAAGUACACAACCGAACUCGACAACAACGCCGCUUCCGAUUACUGGAAGCUGCAGCUCCAAAACGCCAAACGCGCAAGCUUCCCGGCCCCCAGCGACAAGUCCAGCUCUUCGGAGACACGUUUCAUGCACAAGACGAUUGAGUUCCCUAAUACCAACACGUCCAUCACUAAGGCCUCGAUUCUGCGCGCUGCCUGGGCUCUCAUCCUUGCACGCUACUCUGAAAGCGAUGAUGUAUGCUUUGGUGCAACAGUAUCGGGUCGUCAUGCCAACGUAGCUGGUCUUGAAGCUAUGCCUGGCCUGGUGGUCGCUACCGUCCCUGUUCGUAUUCGCCUCGAUCGACAAAAGACUUUGAAGUCUUUCCUUCAGGAUAUCCAAACUCAAGCUUCCGACAUGGUUGAUUACGAGCAAUUCGGUAUUCAGAAUAUUUCUAAACUGGGAUUAGAUGCCAAGGACGCCUGCGACUUUACGUCUCUCUUGGCUAUCCAACCAGUUCAGCAUAUGAGCGCCGAUAGCAACAAUGACAGCCGUCAAGAUGCUCUCGUCGUUCCAGCUAGUUCUCCUCACGUUAAAGCCGAAGACAUGUUGCAAAAUUACUUUUCAUAUCCUCUAGUUAUCCAGUGUCACCUCUACGACAACCAAGUUAACUUGGUUCUUGCUUACGACUCCAAUGUCCUUGAGGAAACUCAACUGGGUGCGCUUACACAUCAGUUCGACCAUGUGGUCCAACAGCUCCUCACUCAGAACGAGGAGCCACUGGGCGAUGUGAAUAUUGCCGGUCCUUGGGAUCUCCAACAAGCUGUAAAGCUCAACAGCAAGCAACCUGAAGUUGUCCAAACAUGCUUGCAUGAUGUGUUCGCUGAACAUGCCUUGCGCGAUCCAAUUCACGAAGCAAUAUAUUCUUCUGAGGGCAGCCUUACCUAUGGCGAGCUGGAUCAUCUAUCCGAUAUCCUUGCCACACAUCUCAGUUCUUUGGGUGUUGGUCCAGAAAUAGUAGUACCUUAUUGUUUUGAGAAAUCGAUGUGGGCUGUUGUUGCAAUUUUGGCAAUUCUCAAGGCUGGAGCUGCAUUUAUGCCUCUUGAUCCGUCACACCCCAUCAGCCGCCGCGAGGAAUUGGUCAAAGAAGUCAGCGCUCGAGUGCUUAUUGCGUCUCCGAAUGCUGCCAUCUCCUGUGCAGGCAUGGCCGAGAACGUUGUUAAGUUGUCACCAAGUAUGAUGACCAGACUUUCGGCCUCUGUUGUCCUCAAAGCCCUCCCUAAAGUUAGACCAAGAAACACUGCCUCAACUACCGUUGCAUACGCCAAGGUUUAUGAUAUCGGGCCAUUGUCAAGAGUUUUCCAAUUCUCCAACUACAUCUUUGAUGGUAGCUUGGGUGAGAUUUUUGGCCCGUUGGCUACCGGAGGCACUAUUUGCAUACCUAAUGAGGACGAGCGUCUUCAGAGUGCCCCUGCCUUUAUGCGUGCGGCCAAGGUGAACACGGCUAUGCUGACUCCAUCCUUUGUGAAAACCUUUACGCCAGACGACGUACCCCAUCUGAAGACGUUAGUCUUGGGUGGUGAAGCUGCUUCCAAGAACAUUUUGGAAAUGUGGGUUGACCGCGUCACUCUCUUCAAUGGAUACGGACCUGCUGAGGCCUGCAACUACGCGACGAUACAUCAAUUUAAAUCCAGUUCGGAGUCUCCUCGUGUCAUUGGAUCUAGCUUCAACGGAGCUUGCUGGAUUGUCGAGCCUGACAACUCUCACAAGCUUACGCCUAUAGGUUGUACAGGCGAGCUUGUUCUUCAAGGCCCGGCUCUUGCGCGUGGUUAUUUGAAUGAUAAGACGAAGACGGACGAGUCUUUUAUCACUGAAGUUGGGUCUAUACCAUCUUCUCUCUUGCCUAAUCUGCACAGAUUCUACCUCACAGGAGAUUUAGUCCGCUAUACUUCUGCCGGUGAAUUAGAAUAUCUAGGUCGAAAAGACUCGCAAGUUAAACUGCGAGGUCAACGCCUUGAGUUGGGUGAAAUCGAAUAUCAUAUUACUCGGCUACUCAAGAACGCAGAAUAUGCCGCCGUUGACGUUCUUCAUCGAGAUAAUGGCGAUUCACUUGUUGCAUUUGUCUCGUUUACCGAUGACGGGAAAGCCAAUUGGAUGCCAGAUGAAUUGUCACUCAAUUUGCUUCCUUCCGAUGACACCAUCAGGCCCGUCCUCGAUAACUUAAGAGAAGGUUUGAAGGCCGUUCUUCCUGGCUAUAUGGUGCCAAGCGUCAUCUUGCCCCUUCAUUGCAUGCCUUUCAUAACAUCAAUGAAACUUGACAAGAAGCAGCUUCUUUCUCUUGCCAACAGCCUCUCUAUUGAAGAUCUAUCUGCUUUUUCAGCCUCACAAAGAGAAAUGGUUGAGCCUGCGACCGAGCUUGAAUUUAAGCUGCGAGACCUGUGGGCGCAGGUGCUUGGAGUUGAGGCCAGCGAAAUUGGUCGCAAUGACGCCUUCCUUGACAUCGGCGGUGACUCCAUUACCGCAAUCCAUCUCGUCACUGCCGCACAGAAAGCCGAAAUCAACAUCACUGUUGCCAAAAUCUUUGCUGAUUCCAGGCUAUGCGCCCUGGCAGCCUCUGCGCAAAUCGGUUUCAUCGCCAAGACCUUACAAGCUGAGCCUUUCUGCAUGCUCUCCGGCAAUAACAUUGACGAGUUAACUAUCACGGCUCAAAGAUUGUGUCAUUUGCCCAACUACUUUACCUUGGAAGAUGCCUUCCCGUGCACGAGUUUACAAGAAGGCCUUAUAGCUAUUGCAAACAAACAGCCCGGGUCUUACAUCGCCAAGCAUGUCUACCAACUUGCUCCACAUGUAGAUAUCGCUCGCUUCAAAAGCUCUUGGGAACGUACCGUUGAAGCUAGCAGUAACCUACGCACCAGGAUCAUCUUAGUUGACAACAAGCACAUCCAAGUGGUUGUGAAAGAUGAUAUCUCAUGGGAAUCUGGCUAUGAUCGUAGCCUGGAGUCAUACAUCCGCGCGUCUCGGACUUUCGAUAUCAAAUAUGGUUCUCGACUCUGCCGAUAUGCGCUUAUCCAAGACGAAGACACUGGUCAUAAUUUCUUCUCUUUAAGCAUUCAUCACACCAUCUUCGAUGGCUGGAGCUUGCCUCUCAUUAUGGGUACUCUAAAUGGCUUCUACAACAAUACUGCGGUUCCUACACUUCAACCUUAUGCUGGAUUCGUCAAGUAUACUCUUGACCUUGACGAGAAUGCUGCUAUCAAGUAUUGGGCUGGACAACUAUCCGGAGCUAAGAAGGCUUCUUUCCCAGCUACCAAAGAGCUUGUCGGCUCCGAUGCCGCAAAAUCGGCUUCCCAGUUCUUAAACACGGCAAUUGAGUUCCCACGCUCGACAAAUUCAUCUAUCACUAAAGCCACAAUUCUCAGGGCGGCCUGGGCUAUUGUUCUUGCUCGUUAUUCCGAUAGUGAAGACGUCUGCUUCGGCACAACCGUGUCUGGCCGCCAUGCUUCAAUUCCGGGCCUUGAAGCUACCCCCGGUUUAGUCGCUACUACUGUUCCUGUGCGGAUUCGUUUGGAUAAGCAGCAGUCAAUAGCUCGAUUCCUCAAAGACGUGCAGACACAAGCCUCUGACAUGGUUGAAUACGAACAAUUUGGCCUUCAGAACAUAUCCAAGAUCGGCGCUGAGUUCAAAGAUGCCGUCGAUUUUAGCAGCUUAUUGGCUGUUCAGCCUAUCCAGCAUAUCGGAUCAACGGGUGAUAGCACUGAAACGCCUCUCUUGGUUCCUGCCAAUUCCGAACUUUUGCGUGCUGAAGAAGUCCUCCAAAACUACUACAACUACCCUCUGGUCGCCCAAUGCCACAUAUAUGAUGAGAUGGUCAAUCUAAUGUUCAUCUACGACCCGAGUGUAUUAUCCGAGUACCAACUUCAAGCUCUUUCGCACCAGUAUGAUCACGUUGUGCAGCAGCUUCUGACGCGUGGCGAAGAUACCAUUGGAAGCCUAUCUAUGACCAGUCCUUGGGACCUUCAACAAGCUCUAGAGUGGAAUACCGACGCUCCUGAACUUAUCGAGGCCUGUGUGCACGAUCUGAUUUCCAGCAAUGCUCAACGCACUCCCGACCAUGAAGCAAUAUAUUCAUCCGAUGGUAGCAUGACAUACGCUGCUUUCGAUAGCCUCACAGACGUGUUAGCUGGUCACCUUUGCGAACUUGGCGUUGGUCCUGAGACAAUUGUCCCUUACUGCUUCGAAAAGUCCAUGUGGGCAGUCGUCGCUAUUGUUGGUAUUCUUAAAGCAGGCGGCGUCUUUGUUCCUCUGGACCCCUCGCAUCCUAUAAGUCGUCGGAAAGCCCUUGUUCAAGAAGUUGGUGCGCAAAUCAUUGUCGCAUCGCCAGAGUCAGCUGCGUCUUGCGCUGGCCUAGCUCAUAAAGUUGUCGAACUCUCAUCCGACGUUAUGGCUCGACUAUCGGUUCCCGGGAAGCGCCUCACCGAGCCCAAACGGCCUCGUCCAAGUAACGCAGCGUACGUGAUCUUCACGUCCGGCUCGACUGGUAAGCCAAAGGGUAUAGUGAUGGAACAUUCCGCGCUUACAACGAGUACUAUUGGCUACGGUCGUGUCUACAACUUAAGCCAAGCAUCACGCGUGUUCCAGUUCUCCAACUAUAUCUUUGACGGCAGCUUGGGUGAAAUACUUGCUACGUUGGUAUUUGGCGGGACUGUCUGCGUGCCUGACGAAAUUGAACGUUUACAGGACGCUCCGGGAUUUAUUCGCAAGGCUCGUAUUAACACUGCCAUGUUAACGCCUUCCUUUGUCCGCACAUUUACACCAGACCAAGUCCCGAGCCUCAAGACUUUAAUCCUUGGCGGCGAGCCAGCCGGUAAAGAUAUCAUAAGUUCUUGGUGCAGUCGUGUAAAGCUCAUCAAUGGAUAUGGACCUGCCGAAGCAUGCAACUAUGCAACUUGGCACCCGUUCUCGUCCAACAACGAUUCACCACAUAUCAUCGGAAAGCCGUUUAACAGCUCUUGUUGGGUUGUGGAGGCCGAUAAUCACCAUUUGCUCGCCCCUAUAGGCUGUGUUGGUGAACUCGUCAUUCAGGGCCAUGUGCUUGCUCGCGGAUAUAUUAAUGAUUCGGAAAGAACUGGAAACUCCUUUGUUACCGAAAUUUCUUCUCUUUCCACAGCAGCCAUUACCGGUCCUCAGCGUUUCUAUUUGACAGGUGAUCUAGUAAGAUACUGCGCAGACGGUUCGCUAGAAUACCUUGGCCGUAAGGACUCUCAAGUCAAGCUUCGUGGUCAGCGUAUCGAACUCGGAGAAAUUGAGUAUACCAUUCAGCGAGCUCUGCCCGAUAUUGAGCAUGUGGCUGUUGAUAUCAUCACCAGGGAAUCUGGACAAUCGCUCGUUGCUUUUGUCUCAUUCUUGGGCACUUACAACGACAACGGUGUAACCAGUUUUUCGGACAAUCUUAUCGAACCGAGUGAUGCUCUUCGUACCGCUAACGCUACUCUACUUGACAAUCUUAAAGCUGUCCUUCCCGGAUACAUGGUGCCUAGUCUUAUCCUGCCUAUCAGAAAGAUGCCUUUUAUCACUUCCAUGAAGCUUGAUAGGAGCCAGCUGCGAAAGCUCGCAAAUACUCUGUCGACCGAAAACCUUGCCAUAUUUGCUCCUGGCAAGGCAGACAAGAUUGAGCCAACAACCGAUAUGGAAUUCAAGAUACGCAAUCUCUGGGCUCAAAUUCUUAAAAUCUCUCCCGAAGAGAUUGGCAAAAACGACAGCUUCUUGCAAAUUGGAGGAGACUCCAUCUCGGCUAUUCACUUGAUCUCCUUGGCCCAAGAAAAUAAUCUUCAACUCACUGUCGCUUCAAUAUUCGCCGAUCCUAGACUGUCCGCAGUUGCUCUCUCUGCUCGUCUAGGCAAGCUCGAGGAUACCUACAUUACGAAGCCUUUCAGCAUGAUACUGCCUUCUGAGCGUGAUACAAUCAUCAGUGAGAUCGAGAAGCAAUGCACUUUAUCCGCGCACCAGUCAAUUGAAGAUGCCUAUCCAACUACGAAGCUACAAGAAGGACUUAUAUCAUUGUCUGUCACGCAGCCUGGCUCAUAUACCGCCAGAUAUGUAUACCGCAUUCCUGAGCACGUCAGUAUUGAGCGAUUCAAGGCCGCUUGGAACAAGACUGUCGAGGUCUGCCACAAUCUCCGCACUUCCAUCGUUCUUGUUGGUCGUACAACUAUUCAAGCUGUCAUCAAGGACAAUUUGGAGCCACUAUGGGAGUCAACUGCCGGUGUUUCGUUACACUCUUAUAUGCAAAACGCAAUCCCUGCCUUCAACAUGGGCUAUGGUACACGUCUCUGCCGCUAUGCUAUCAUAGAAGAUGGCAGCAAUCACUACUUUGCAUGGCAUAUUCACCACUCGGUUUAUGAUGGUUGGACAUUUCCCAUUAUCAUGAGCACUUUGCACGCCGCGUACGCUGGCACCGAAAUGCCUCCUUUGCAACCGUUUGCUCGCUUCGUGAAAUACACGACAAGCAUCGACGAAAACGAUGUUGCAGAGUACUGGAGACGCCAGCUUCAUGAUGCUCAACGUGCCUCUUUCCCAAGAGCUGAUCAACUCUCGUCCACGGCUGUCAGCGGAGCCAACAUAACCAAAGUAUUGAAUAAGUCCAUCGAGUUCCCACGCACCACAAACACUUCUAUUACCAAGGCCACAAUUAUCAGAGCCGCUUGGUCAAUUGUCUUGGCUCAGUAUUGCGAUACCAAUGAUGUUUGCUUUGGUACUACCGUCUCUGGCCGUCAGGCGCCUGUUCCUGGCUUAGAGUCUAUGCCUGGCCCCAUGUUUGCCACAGUCCCUGUCCGUGUUCGUCUUGAUAAAGAACAGCCUAUAUCGCGACUCCUACAGGAUAUCCAAAUCCAAGCUUCCGAGAUGGUUGCCUAUGAACAAUUCGGUCUCCAAAAUAUCUCUGCUUUAAGCCCAGAUGCUAGGCAAGCCUGUGACUUCUCUAGCUUACUUUCCAUCCAACCUGUUCAACAGCAAGCUGUUGAUGAGAAAGCUACAGAUAAUGCAGAUUCCUUUUUGGUAUUUGACAAUUCCGAGACUUCAGCCGAAGAGUCUAUGCAAAACUUUGCAAGCUACCCCUUGGUUCUUCAAAUCGCCAUCAUGGAUAGUCAAGUUGAGCUGUUAUUGAUUUACGAUUCUAGCGCUUUGACUGAGUUCCAAGCCACGGCAAUCUCUGAGCAAUUUAGCCAUGUUGCUAGACAACUGCUAGCUCAAGAUGAGACUCUGCUUGGUGAUAUAGACGUUGCCAGCUCUUGGGAUCUCCAAAGACAACUUGAAUGGAACGACAAGAUCUAUGGACCUGCAGACACCACUCUUCACGGACUCUUCUCGAAGCAAGCAACUCGCAGACCUGACCACGAAGCUAUCUAUAGUACUGAGGGAUGUAUGACUUACAGUGAACUUGAAGGCUUGACAAACCACCUUGCCGCACACCUGCAUAGCCUAGGCAUCCGACCUGAGACCAUUGUUCCCUUCUGCUUCAAGAAGUCUAUAUGGGCAAUUGUCGCCAUGCUAGGCAUUCUCAAGGCCGGUGGCACUUUCUUGCCGAUGGAUCCAUCUCACCCAGUUAGCCGACGACAAGCCUUGAUCGACGAGGUUGGCGCAAAAUUCAUGGUGGUAUCUCCCACAACUGCCCCCGACUGCCAGGGCAUGGUCCAAAACACGAUUGAGCUUUCGCCAUCUCUCAUAUCUCAGAUCUCUGCCCACAAUGCUAUGAAACAGCCUGCUGUAGCCUCAAAUCCCAGUCAUGCCGCGUAUAUCCAGUUUACCUCAGGCUCGACUGGUAAGCCAAAAGGUGUCGUUAUAGAACACAGGGCCAUAUCUGCUGCGUUCCUUAGGCAGGCAGAUGCUUACGCAUAUAAUGAAGAUAUGCGGAUGCUGCAAUUUGCCAACUAUACCUUUGAUGCUAGCAUUGCUGAGGUAUUCGCUUCGCUUGUUGUGGGUGCUACGAUUUGCGUACCCACAGAGCACGAACGAUUGCACAAUACUGCGGCCUUCAUUCGUGAAGCGCGCGUCAACUAUGGCAUCUUCACGCCUACUUUUAUUAAAACGUUGUCACCGGAGCAAAUUCCUGGAAUGAAAACUCUCCUCAGUGUGGGCGAAUCUAUUUCAAAAGAGCUCAUAGACACUUGGGCUGGCGAGAUCGAGCUUCACAACGGCUAUGGUCCAGCAGAAGCCUGCGUCGGUGCCACCAAUUACACGUGCUCGCCUUCUAUCACCACUUCUGCUACCCAUGUUGGUCGCGGUUUUACCCACGGCCUGUGGGUUGUCAACCCCGAUGACCAUAACCGCUUGAUGCCUGUCGGCUGUGUUGGUGAGCUGUUGCUGCAAGGCUCAUGUUUGGCUCGCGGGUAUAUCAACGAUGAAGAGAAGACCAGGCAAUCGUUUAUUGAACAUACUGAUUGGCUACCAUCUGAUAUCAACAUUGGCGAGCGUCGCUUCUAUAAGACUGGUGACUUGGUUCGCUACACUCCAGAUGGUUCAAUCGAGUAUAUUGGCCGAAAGGACACCCAAGUUAAGAUUCGCGGCCAACGUAUAGAGCUCGGUGAGAUCGAAUACCAGAUAAGGCGCUCCAACGCCACCAACGAACAUGCUGUUGUUGAUGUUAUUCGAAAGGAUGGUCAUGAGUCUCUCCUCGCCUUCAUUUGCUCUACUUCGCUUCAGGAAACUGAGAGUGCCUCUAAUGAAGUAUCCUUCACCAAGCUCACUAGCGAGCUUCAAAACACACUAUCCGACAUUGCUGCCAAAAUCAGCUCCGUUUUGCCUGCACACAUGGUUCCCAAAUACUUCAUCCCCAUCGACCACAUGCCUCAUAAUGCGUCAGGCAAAUUGGAUCGAAAGCUACUACUUGCGUCCAUUGCCAACUUCACGACUGAAGAGCUUUCAGCCUAUCUCACUGACCAACGUCUGCCUUUCCGUGACUGCUCUACCGACACUGAGCUCUGGAUCCGUAACCAGUGGGCAGCUACUCUAGACCUGCCUGCCAAGACUAUCAGCGUUGAUGACAACUUCUAUAGCCUUGGUGGUGAUUCCAUCCGCAUUGUUACCAUCUCCAAGGCUAUCGUCAGCAAGUACGGCGUUACUCUUGGCAUGUCUCUUCUCAACUCAAAGCACACUACGAUUUCAAACAUGGCCGAACACGUCACAAACGAGCUCGGUGGACAGGAAAGACAAGACAUAGGUGGCGUUGAUAUCAUUGGCGAGAUUUCAUCUCUUUCUCGUUCGAUUUUGGACACUGGUGCCCUCAAUCUCGCUGCCAACCCCAAGACCGAGUUACCUGACCAAGCCACCGUCUUCCUUAGCGGUGCUACUGGUUUCCUCGGCCAGGAGAUUCUCAGACAGCUGCUUUGCAACAACAAUAUCGCUUCUGUCAUCGCUCUGGUACGAUGCAAGUCCAUCGAACACGGCCUGGAUCGUAUCCGCAACACUGCCAAGAUCGCUGGCUGGUGGCGUGAAGAUUACGCAAACAAGAUUGAGAUUUGGAGCGGCGAUUUAAGUAAGAAGCGUAUGGAUCUGACAAAGGCACAAUGGGCACGCUUGGCUGGCCAAUCUACUAACAAUGUCGAUGCCAUCAUUCACAAUGGUGCCUUUGUCAACUGGAACGCCGAUUAUAACAAGAUGCGUGCUGCUAAUGUUGACUCUACUGUCGACCUUCUCAAAGCCGCUGUCAACUCUCCUGCCUCGCCCAAAUUCCUCUUCGUCUCUGGUGGUGUCAGCGUUGAUACUAGUACUGUCGAUCGCACGAUUAUUGCGCAAUACCUCGGCAACUCUAACGGCUACAGCCAGACCAAAUUUGUCUCUGAAGGUGUUAUCCAAGAGGUUGUCAACACUCUCCCCGCUGACCAGAAUCGCAUUUCCACUCUUAAACCUGGCCGCAUCAUCGGAUCUUCAGAGACCGGUGUGGCCAACGUGGACGAUAUGCUGUGGCGUCUUGUUUCUACUGCCGCUUCUCUCCACUAUUAUCCUUCGGAAUCAGAAGGUAACUGGGUCUCUGUCGUUGGUGUCGACACCGUAGCUACCUCGGUGCUCAACCAGAUAUACACCAAGGAGGGCAUCGCUCCCUUCGUCAGCAUCCAAGGCGGUGUACCAGCGACAGUUUUCUGGGAUCUCGUCAACAAAGAGCUCAAAGUCCCUUGCGAGCCUAUUCCCUUGGAUGAAUGGAUUCACCGAGCCUUGGAGUCAAUGAACGAAGUUGGUGAAAAGCAUCCUCUAUGGCCUGUGCAGCACUUCCUUGGUGCCGUCAGCACUCCUCGUAACCCUCUGGAUGCCGAAGUUGAAGAUUCUGAGCUUCGGCAACGAUGCUUGGCUGUGACGAUGAGUAUGCAAUACCUCAUCAAGAUUGAUUUCAUCCAGUCGUCGACAGAAGGGUUUUCUCAGCCUCGUCGCGCAGACACUUUCCAACGUAUCCAUGGCUAAGGCGCUUAGUG